AUGGCCGCGCGCGCGGGGGGUGUCAGGGCUGGAUCGGGGGCCGGUCGCGAGUGGCUUCUCACGCUCUUUCCUUCGCCUCAGAGCAAGCCAGUGGUCAGCGCCACUCGUGACCCCCCCCCACGAGACCCCGUGAAAACCCAGUAAACAGACUCCUGCCACGAAGCUCGGGGGCUGGAGACCCCUUCCUCCCAGUUCCAGCUUGAUCCUGUGAGCCAAGAGCGGAGAAUAGUCCCCCGCCCCCCGUUUCCUUGGGAUGAGAGUCUGAGGGAGAGAGGAAGUUGGGAAGCUCGCCGUGGUCUGGCGCCGGCCGGGGCUUCCCGCUCUGGGCCGCCCGCCGCUGCCCCCUCGGCCGUCGUGGGCUAAGGCGGGCUGCGGCAGAAGCCCUCUCGCCCCAGGGAGCCGCAUUCGUUGCCGGCCGCUGGGUUACUGGUUCCCAUUAAUCUCCCGCACUGGCCCUCGCUGUCUCCACUUCCUGUCUUGGCAUAUUUCUCUGUCUCGCCCUCCCCUCCCCCCGCGCGUUUCCAGAUUCUCUUUUAGGAAAAAAAAAGCGAGGGAGGUUGAGGGGGGGGGGCAGAAGAGAGAGAGUUGCAUCUGGCCAAGCGAAGAGAUCAGAACUGGAGGCGAUCUCCGGCGAGCUGCAACAGCUGGACUCGACAUCUGCACUUCUUCCAGCGCAGGGCAGCAGCCCAGGUAAGGGAGAAGGAGAGACGCCGGGCUCCGGCUGGCGGGGCGGCCCGAGAGGGUCUCUCUCGUUUCCUACACACGGGAGAGCCCAGGAGGCAAUUGCAGUUGCCAUCUGGAAGGCUUCGGGUUUCGCUUUUUCCAGGGGAUGGGGAGGGGAGAAGCUUCUUCGGCGGCGCUCUUCUCUGCUCCUCAGGAAAAGGGCUGCCUGCGUCUCUGUGGCUGAGACAGCGUUUGAACGGGGCGAGCGCCCGGCAGUUCUCUGGGAAGAACAAUGGAUUCACCUCGGCGCGAAGGGAAGAGGAGGGACGCCGGGCAGGCGAGUCCCCCCCGGAGAUCCACGUUUGGGUCUUCCUUGCAUGCGACCCGGGGCUCGGACUCUGCUUCUUUGCUCGUAAUGUUCGGGUUGUUUCGGCGUAUUUUCUAGCUCUUGGCUUGGAGGGGGUUCAGGGCAACUUCGAGAUGAGGAAGGAGGGAGCGUAUUCUUUCUCCCCUUCCCAUAAAUCGACUUGCACUGCCCGGUUUAGGAGGAUAGGUGGCGCUUACGCACCGUGCUCACCCGUUUUGCCAGCUGUUCCUCACCGAUAACACGUCUGGGAAGAAAACUUUUAAAAAAAAGAUUCUUUUGAUUCCUGGGAUCUGUCUAUAAAUGUUAUUGAUAUCUCGACCCAUCCGCUAUUAUUUAGUCAGAUAUGGAAAUUAAUGAGUACUGACACCCAAACUACAUACCACAAAAGACAGCAUUGCUGUAUAUUGAAUUUUACAAACAAAUGGCAACGCAGCUCCUUCCUUCCUUCCUUCUCUCCCUCCCUCCCUCUUUCCCUCCACCUCCUCCUCAGUCUAGGAUGGUUAGCCACGGAUAAUAGUUAGAAAAUGGACAUUUGGAUACAAAGGGACAUUGCCAGCCAUGGUGUAACACUGACAUACUGAAUUUGGCUAACUUGUCCUGUUCCCCAUCCUUGUUUUGUUCUGGGAUUUCUGCUUCCUAUUUGAUGCAGUAUAAUGUGAUACAAUAUAAUGAAAAUCUGCCUCUCCAUGGAGUGCUGUGUCUGGACUCUGGAGGUAACUUAGUGCUAUGUACUAAGCUGAAAGUAAAAGGGCUUCUGCUCCCAGCUCCAAACCACCAGCAUCAGAUGGAAAUGAAAAGUUCAUCAAAUCUUCUUUAUUCUUACCACAAAGUUCCAAACCCUAACUUUCAGCCCUCCUACAGAGAUGGAUGGUGGGAAGCCAGCAGGGCAUAGUGGUUUAAAGUGUUGAACUUGGACCUGAGAGACCAGGGUCCAAAUCUCCACUCAGCCAUGAAGCUCUCUGGUGACCUUGGGGCAGUCAGUUCCUAACAGGGCUAUUGUGAGAAAAACAUGGGGAGGCGGAAAACCAUGCAUGGCACCUUGAACUCCUUGAAGGAAAGGUGAAUAAUAUUAGCAGAAGCCACAACUAAUUCCUCUUCCUGUUCUUUAAUUCAUGCAGCUAUAACUUGAGCUGAGGAUGCAGUCCUCCUAUGCAUUCUUACUUGAAAGCAAGUUCUACUGAACGCAGUGAACUGUACUUCUGACUGCUCUGCUUUAAGUCUUGUAUCUCCUGGGGAAGCAGCCUCUUGGACCUGGAAAAGUUGUGUGUCUGUAGAGUGGAUUAGGGGUGGGUGGGUUGGGAACAACUUUUAUAGGUGGUGUGAGUGGGAAAUCAGACGUCUGGCAGAGGCGAAGCAACCUGCUCUGGUACCUGGAGCGGUACUCAUCCCAGGGGGCGUGGUGCGCAUCCCAGGGGGUGCGUGGUGAUCGACCUUUUGUCACCCUCCCUUUGGAAUGGCACCUGGGUCAGACUGCCCCCCGCCUCCCUCAGAAUGCCUCUGAUGUCCGGAUCUGAGUCUGGGCUGUAACUAAGUGCUUGUCUUGCUUAGUCAAGGGAGCAAUGAGGUCACACACAAGCCAGAAGAAUAACUGUAAGUUGUUACAAAUCCCUUUGGUCCUAUUCUAUCACUGAAAUGCACUUUUAGAUACAGUGUUUCAGUAUAUCGGCUCAUGUCCUGGAUAUAAUGAUGACAGUAACUAUAUUUGAAUGAACACAGCACAUACUUAACUAUGCAUAUAUAUUCUUCAUUCUGCCUAGUUCAUAAUGAUCUCCCCCAUAAGAGCAGCUCUUUCCUUAGUGGAAGAAAAUAAGAAUUGUUAAGUGAAAUAGUACCAGAUUUUCCCUGGGAUCCUAAAGGCUACUUAGGGUAGUGUUCAGGUCUUGAACUUGCCUAGUGAGAUACUUGUGUCUCCCCUGACUCUUGAACCUGCAGAUUCACAUGAUACAUAAAACAUUGAUUUUAAGCCAAGAAAUGAUGGGUUGCUUAAGGUCACCUAGCAAAUUUGGGGUUGGGGUGAGAUUUGAAUUGGCAGUGUUGAUCUCAGCUCAUUUAGGUGCUGUUUAACAUCAUUUAACCAUCACCAUGGUUUGUAUUGUGCUACAGAAUAAUAAAGGCACAUGGGGGGAGUGUUCUUUUUUGAAUAGUAUAUAAAGAGUUUGUUGAGUGUUCUAAUCUGCAUUUGUAUUAUGUGAACAACUCAUGGCAAUUAUUUCAGAAUAUAAGAUGUGGAUUAAAACAGAAUUGUGAAAACAUUCUGUGAUGAACAGGCCUUGGAUCAUCCUGGCUACCCAGCAACCUUUGAAAGCCGAUCAGAGGAGAGAGGGAGGAGUUUUUAAGUGGGGAAGCUUACAAUUUAACAGUCAGAGAGGGACUUUCUUUCAGUGUGGGCAGAUUGGGUCUCUUACUGUCUGAGUGGUUUCAGAUAGGGACUAUUUAUCAGUGAGGUCUAUAGGGACUAACUGUCAGGAGGGAGAAUUGGGGUUUGGACUGUGUGAGUGGGGUUGGCUAGGCCAGGUAAGGGCAACCUGGUUUUAUUCUAAACUUCUCCUGGGUUAAUAACAGGAGAUUUUUUAUCUAUUAAGCACACUCAUAAAAUUGGUCAUGCUACCCAAUACCUGUUUUAAGUUUUAAGUGCAGCUGUCUGUCACAUUUUCCCUCAAAGCAGAGGUGGGAAACGUAUGACCAUCUAGGUGCUGAUCCCAUCAACCUCAGCCAACAUGGCCAAUGGUCUAACUCCCAUCAACCUCAGCCAACAUGGCCAAUGGUCAGGGAUGAUGGGAGUUGUGUCCUAGCAACACCCUGGAGGGCUGCAGGUUAGCUACUCCUUCCUUAAACAAAUAGCAACGUAGGAAACAGCUUUAUACCAAAUCAAACCAUUGGCCCAUCUAGCUCAGUAUGGUCUACAUUGACUGGGAACAGCUCUCAAAUGUAUCGAGCAGAAGUUGUUUCCAGACUUACCUGGAGAUGUCAGGGACUAAACCUAGUAGUAGAGCAUGUGCUCUGCUACUGAGCUAUAGCCCUCCAUAGAUAUGGGAAAAAUAUUACCACUUCUUUUUCCUUGUUAGGAUGAAUUAACAUUUUAAAAACAAGGUAAAAUGGAUCAAGACCAAGUAUCUGUAAAAUGUGGAGCGUUGUGUCAAUCUGCCUAUAUGUCUCUGAUUUUUCUUGCCUAGUUUUAUGUAGGAAUGAAUAAAUCCAAUAAUACCAAUAGCCAGCAUCUGAUAUUUAAUCCAGUUUAAUUCAGAACAACAAUGUGAUAAUCUCUAUCCUUCCCAGAUUUCAUAAUUUGUAUUUAUUUCCCUAUUGUUGUGCUUUGCUUCAUUUUAACCAAUGUCUAAUCCUCUUUUUGUUACAUCUCUCCUACUCUGCCCGCCAUUCCAUGAAUAACAUACCUUGUGGAUGGCCUCAAAUUCUUACAGCAUAUUUACUCAUAGGUAGGGUAGCUAGGUGCAAAAGAGAACUGUGUUUCUGCACCUGUGGUAGUUGUGUAGGAGACCUGUGCAAAAUUCCCUCUUCUACACAACUAGUAAAGUUAGUGGAGCCCUGUCCUCAUUUGCACUUGGCCACCCUGCUAAGAAAUGCAUCCCAUUGUAGUACAUAGGGAUCACUCCCAGUUAAGUGAGUUUAGGAGUGCACUGCUAAUGUCCCUCCUACUAAAGCAAAUCAGCACUGUGUGUGGUUUUGUGGUGAAGCCGUUCCCACUGCAGAGCAGCUCAGCUAUUAAGCAAAACAAGAGCACAGUGGCUUGAGCACAGCAUCCUGCUAUAAUUUGUGUUUCUCUGGAUCAGGACCAGUAACUAAAAGUGAAGUGAUUGGUCAUACAUAUAAAUAAUAAUAAUAAUAAUAAUAAUAAUAAUAAUAAUAAAUAUAAAAAAAUUACCCCUGAAGUGAAAGCUAAGAUAUGUGAUAGAUUAAAGUUCCUACUUAGGUCAAAGUUACAAAUAAUAGGUUUUGCCAUAUCAAGCUAGGGUUUCUUAGUUAUUAUUUUAUGCAGUUGUAAAAAGGCAUAUUUAUGUCAGCUGUGUCAAUUAACCUGAUUUACUCUCUGAAUACGGUAACAGGAAUGACUAAUGGAACAGGAAAUGCCAUCUGUCUUAACUUGCAUAUAUUGUCUUGCCUUCUGAGAGUCCUGUUAGCUCCCCUUUCAUUUGUGUACACAUGAUUUAGCAUAUACAAAGGCACCACUGCACUGAUUUCUGAGAAGGAAGGGAUUUUUUAUUGGGUCAACUUGGGUUGAGAAACUAUGCACUUUUUGAACUAAUGGAACACUUCGUCUCUGUGUACACUCCAUACCUUUCCCCCAAAGUAUCUGGGGAACUGUAGUUUACCCCUCACAGAGAUACAGGAACUGCUGAGUUGUUAAACUACAGGAAGGGUGAAAUUAGUAUUCUGUGGGUCAAGCAGUGACAACAUAAACAAUGCCCAUUUUCCUUCGCAUUGCCUUCCACUUUCUUUUGGAUGCUUAGUGGAAGUUUUGGGGGAAAGUUCAUUCUGGUUCUUCUCAAUCAAUGCUUUUGAAUCAGUGUGACCAUAAGUGACAACCAUUCUUUGGAAUUAGAGGAGUGACAUCAAUGUGAUUUCAGCAUGAUCCUUAUGUGAAUCAUGCACACACAAAAAAUUCUAUAACAUGGAAAGCUGAAUUGCUAGAAGCAAACUAAUGUCACAUCCAGACUGUGUGUUACACACAUAGAUGGGGAGUAGAUUUGAUAAUACAGUAUAUAUAGAUCUGCAGCUGAAAUUAGGUCUCCUUACUUUUUUUUUUGCCAACAUUGGACCAAGUGGGUUUUGGCUGACCAAUUAAGGCAGCAAGCACAAAUUAUUCGUACUUUUUUUUGGUAAAAGUGCAUCCUCUUUCUUUGCUUGGUAUAAUAAUGGGUAAUGAUAGAGUUAAACAUUGUUUCCAUUUAUUAUGGGUUGGAGUUUAGAUUGCACCCUUUAGUUUGUGGUAGUGUGCUAACAUGUUUCUCAGUGAGCAAUCUUUUGUUCUGGGCCUACGAAAUGAGUAACCCUGUUAGUAAGAACUUAGCAGGUUGCCUUUGUGUUAGCAAUUUGGCUACGGAAAAAUUCAGGAAAAUUAAUUCCAAAUAUUUGCAUUCUCUCCUUUGCCUCAGUUGCUCAUAUUGUAAACACCCACUGGAAUGUUAAACUUCAGUAAAGGUCUUUGCUUCAAAGGAGCCUCUCAGACCUUGGGAGGAAUGUUUGAAUUUUUCACUACUCUGCUACCUACUGAGAAUAUGAAGUGUCAUUUAAUUCAGUACAGUUUACUUCAAAGUAAGCAUUCAUAGGCUUGGGCUGCAAGAUGCCUUUUCAUGCAGCAAUAUAUUUUAAAAUGAUAGUUGCUGUGGAAGGUCACAAGCCUAGAUAAACAAGGCCAAAAUGGAAUGAGGAGUGAGGAUUUUAUAGGCAAAGCUGUUUCUAACCAGUUUUUUACAGCAGGAAGUUUCACCAUUGUUACUUUCUCUGUUUCACAUUGUUGCUUCUGUGGGAGAACAAAUAGUUUCUUAAGAAGGAAUAGAAAGUUCUGAUCAGCACGAUUCUUUGCUUUCAAUUGUUUCAAAAGUGAACUGAAAUGAUAGUAAUAAUAGCCGCUAUGUCACAUGUUUUUUUCCAUAUUCAUGCAAUAAACUUGGAUAACAAUGUAGAUUCUGCAAUUGUCCUUCAAGGGCUGUUCUGGUGAAACAUCACAAAUGGGUUCUGGAGCAGUUGCUAUUGUGUCAUCUCUUCCUAGUGUGGGACUGCAGCUUGCUGCUGGAUUUUCAUUUCUUUUCAUCUUUGCUAAAUUGUACAAGAGUUGUGGAUGCCUGGGGAAAAUGCAGGGUUAUGGUAUUUCCUGUGCUCCUUUUUCUAGAAGUAUUAUCAAAACUUUCUCCGUUAGUGCUGAGAGGGGCAAUGCAUAGUGUGUGUUGGAUUAGCCAUGAAUCGCUGAUUCCUCCUUUAGCCAAGGCCAUGUUGGAAAGAGUGAAGCCUUUGUGCAGAUCAUAUGGUGAACGACAUGUGAUUUGUUUGCUGCAUAUACAUGGCUCCCAGUUGCAUACAGAGACAGCUAAAUCCUUGUAUGCCUGACAUAAUUUACAUGUGUUACUUGGAAGCCCCUUCCAUGUGCGAAAUGUGGAACCUGUGGCCCUGAGUUUGCUGAAUAAAUCCAAAAAGUGCAAAGUUGAUCUCAUAGCUGCAGAUCACCCUUACAGAGAGAGAGUCUUUGUCCACUCCUGUUCCAUAGAGUCAAUGUGGUGUCAUCUGGAUGCUGUCAGACUAUGACUCCAUAAUCCCUUACUUUGGGGAAUGCCAGUUGAGGCUGAUGGGAGUUGGAGCCCAACAACCUCUGGAAGAUGCUAUGCUGGCUACCCUUAAUACUAAGAUCCUAGGAAUACCAGGCAAGCAAGUAUGUUUUACCAUUGCUUCUCAAAGUUAAAGGUUAGCAUCACAAGCCAUUCUUCAGAUGUUCUAAACCCAAUUUGAUAGCUGUAGGGUAAAUUGCCAAUUGGAAAUCAAGUGUUGCUAUUUCUGUUAUUAUUAAUUGGAAAUUGAGUGUUAAAUCCUACUCUGCAGAAGAGAUGAAGUAAUAAAUCUAAUAAUUAUUGGCCAGUAAGUUUCCACAAUGCUAACUGACUUCCAGAAUUAGAAGGAGUUAGGUAGCAAGAAAUGACUGGGUGGGGGAUAGGAAUGUGAAAUUAAGAGAGUCUCCAAAAUUAAAUGAUAAGAGGUUUUCAGAAAUCUAAUAGUAGGCUGUAUCCAACACAGCAAGUCCAGAAGCAGCACAGAGGAGAUCAGUGCUAUAUUUGUAAUGGGGAGGGGAAAGAAAAAUGACAUCAUAUCCAAAAGAGAUCCCCAGAGAGACUGGUUUUAAAGAUGACUUCCUUAUGUACUGAACUAAGCUCAUUGCAUCUCUGCACGUUUUACUGAGUCUGGCAGGGGCUAAAAAUCAGAUUAAUGGAACAGCGCAAAAGAAAACACAGAUAAAUGUUUAUACCAGAAAUCAUAUUUCUGAAGUUAAUAAUAGAAUUAAUGAGAGUAAUGCUAAAAUAGAUACAGUAUCGGCUAAGUGGUUGGAGGAGCUGUCAGAGAGGAAAAGGGGGAUCAUGGCAUUAUAUAUGUCCUGAAUGCAUACAGAGGGUAGGCAUAACCUGCUACAGAUGUGUGCCUGUUCAAGUAAUAGUAUCUGUAGUAGGUAUGUGUUUACCACGCUGCAACAUUUUGUGGCAGACCUCACAUAUAGCUAUCUAAAUGUGAUUUUUCAGCCUUCCGUUGGUAUGUCCAAAAUGCAGUGCAAGGCCAGGUUUCUAUUUUCAGACAGUCACAAAAUUCACCUGAGCUUACCAGCAUUUACACACAAAUAUACCACUUUAAAGCCACCCCUCCAAGCAAAGAAUCCUAGGAACAGUAGCUAAGGAUGCUAGGGAUCGUAGUCUUUUGAGAGGGCAACUACUGUUCCUAGGAUUCUUGUGAGGGACUCCAUGCGCUUCAAAUGUGCUUCAGGUGUAUGGUGUGUACACAGCUUUAGGUGGCUAGGGUAGGGGAUAGAGAAUACAUUUGCUUUGAUACUCAUUGCUGGACAGACUGAUGUAUUCGGUGUUCAAAAUUCUGCAGGCGCCAGGCACAUUUUGCAACUGGCGCAGGUCCAGUUGUGACCAUGUGGAUGUCAAGCUGGCGACUUACAUCUCCAUGUUGGGAUACUGCCAGGGAGAUAAAGUCCAUCAUGGCCCCCAAGCCGGCUGCCGGACGAUCCAUCGACCGCCCGUAGUCACGCAGUAUCAACAAUUAGCGACAUGAGUUUCUAGAAGAUUUCUUGCCACAUUCCAGAGCUCAUGCACACUGUAUCAGCAGAUAAUGCACAGCCAAAAGUUGCGCUCAGGAGAGCAUUAUUUACAAGUUUAUUCAGCGUUGAUCAGAACACAGAAAAACAUGACUGACUGCUUUAGUGUCUACGACACAGAGAGAAAACGAAAGCAACAGAAAACAUAAACAUCCUGCGAACAGGAAAUACGCAGACUCUGACUCACAAAGCCUGCUCCCUUUUAAGGUGGAACGGAAAUAUCCUAACAUCCUCCCCUUUCCGUGUAACCUGUAGUACCUGUGGUUCAACCCAAUUGCAACCUUUGUACGUAAACCUUAAGUUGUUCUCUGUUAACAACCUUAGACAACAGAUCAGCAGGAAUUUCAUUUCCUGCCAUGUAGGACACCUGAAUGAGUCCUUUCUGAAUACACUCUCUUGCACGAUGUAGCUUAAUCUGCAAGUACUUGGUCCUUUGCUUGCAACUCUCCGAGUUCAGCAAAGCCAAACACGAUCUAUUGUCUUGAUACACUUGUACAGGACAUUUCACAGAAACUCCGAUGUCCUUAAACAGUUGCAUCAACCAUUCACAAUCCAUGAGUGAAAAUGACAGAGCAUUGAGUUCUGCUUCACAGGAACUUAGGCUCACUGUCGUCUGCUUUUUUCACAACCAGUCAAACAGGCAGUGGUUGUACAUGUAGCAUACUCCAGAAGUGCUUGUACCAUCCGUGGUGUCACUUCCAAAACUUGCAUCUGCAAAGAUUUCAAGACCUCCAGUCUUCUGACUGGUGAACCUCAGCCUGUAGUGCAAAGUCCCUUUCAAAUAGCGGGCUAUGCGCUUCAGAGCUUUACAAUCCUGAACAGUAGGAUUGUUAGCAUGUCUGCUAAGCAGGUUACAGCUUACAGCUAUGUCAGGUCUUGAGCAUCUAGCAAUGAAAUUCAACUUGCCUAGAAUGCAUCUGUACAGCGUUGUAUCAGAAAACGCUUCAGCAGUACUGUCUACCUGGUAACCUGUCACCAUUGGUGUGUCUGCUGGGUUUGCAUCAACCAAAUUCAACCUGGUUAAUACAUCAGCAAUUUUCUGUGUUUGGUGUACCAGAAAAUUACCUGCUUGGUCCCUCUCCACCUGCAGAGAAAGAUAGUUGGAUACCUCACCAAGAUCCUUCAUGUCAAAGUGCUCCUUCAGCUGAGCUAGGGUGCUUUGGUAAAAGCCUGAUUCUUCCAAAACAUCAGAAGAUCAUCAACAAAACAUAAACAAUACAGUUUGUUUUGCCCCUCCUCCUUGACAAACACACAUGGAUCAGCUUUGCCCUGGUGAAAACCUAGAGAAAGCAACGUCUCAGUGAGUUUCGUGUUCCAACACCUGGCACUCUGCUUGAGACCAUAUAAGGAUUUCCGCAGUUUACAGACCAUUCCCUUCUGUAUCUGCAUUCCAUCAGGUGGAAGCAUAAACAGCUCCUCCCCCAAAACCCCGUACAAAAAAGCUGUAUAAAUGUCAUGAUGGGAAACAUGCAGUUUCUCCUCUGCAGCUAUCUUGAGCAUCAGCCGAAUGCUCUCAUAUUUGACGGUGGGUGAGUAGGUCUCGUGGUAAUCCUGUCCUGGUACCUGUGAAAAACCUCUGGCAACCAAUCUGGCUUUGUGUCUGACAACCUUGCCAUUCUGGUCUGUCUUGGCCUUGAAGACCCAUUUGCUGCCAACCAGUCUCAUCCCUGGGACUACCGGUACCAGUUCCCAAGUUUGGUUCCUAUUCAAGGAAUCAACUUCAGCCUUCAUGGCAUUAAGCCAAGGCUCAGCAUCUUUAGAGGUUAACUCCUGAACCUCUUUGAAGCUUGAAGGUUCCCAUACCUUCUCUGAGCUACUAAGAACAGCAGUUGCUGUCUUAGCAAACUCAUCAGCAAAUCUCUUUGGAGGUCUGCCCUUUGUGGCUCUUUUCAGAUCUGCGUACUAGACGCAAGUCUUCUGGACUCAUCUCCUCCUUCUUAGGAGAAAAGUGACCAAUGGUGAACAGUGGUUCUUCCAGUUCAUUGUCAGACGCAUCAGAUGGUCUGACUGAGGCCUUUGCGCUCUUGUAGUCUGCUGUGUCAUCACUGUCACUGACACCAGCAGCAGCGCCGCCCACUGAACUGGAAUCCGAACUCUGAUCAUCAUCGUCAUCAUCAUCCUCAGCAGCUUCCUCAGCCUUAGCUGCUUCUUUGACAUCACCUUCAUCCUCCUCUGGGUAACUCUGGAAAAUUCCCACAUUUUCCCCCCACUUAGGAUUGUACUCAACACUCUUUGUGAACUUAAUGGACUUAGAGUCAGUCAUCCACACCCUGUAUGCACCUUUUCGUACCCCAUGAACAAACCAUGUGCCCCACGCUUCCCAAGCUUGUUGCUCUGUGGGGUGUGUACCCACAUGUCAGAACCAAAGAUUCUCAUGUGCUUGAUGUUGGGUUUCUUACCAAACAUCUUCUCAUAGGGAGUACAACCAAUAGGUGAUGACAAUCUGCGAUUAUAAGUGUAAGCAAAAUUCGACAGAGCCUCCCCCCAAUACUUAUCAGGAGAUUGGCAUCAUGCAACAAUGUUUUCAUUCCUUGCAGCAACGUUUGAUUUGCUCGCUCCGCAAGCCCAUUCAUCCAUGGCGAUCUAGGCGUUGACAAGUCAUGCUGGAUUCCCUUCUCAGUCAGGAAAGCUUCAAACUGCUGAGAAGUGAACUCCCGCCUCGAUCAGUAAACAGACAGCCAAUACGUUUACCGUGAACAUUCUCCAACCAAGCACAGAAUGCCUUGAACUUAGGAAAUGCUUGCGAUUUCUGCUCGAGCAUAAACACAUGAAUGUACCUGGAAAAAGAAUCAAUUAGAACCAUGAAGUACCUUGCUCCACCCAAAGAGGGCGCAAGUGGACCAACCAGGUCUGCGUGCACUAGCUGGUAGGGUUUGGAAGCCUGCCUGCUAGACUCCUUGCCUUUUGGAGCAACCUUCACCUUGUUCUCUGCACAAGAUACACAUUUCAUGUGAAACUUACAGGGUUUGAUGUUCAAACCCUCAACCAUCUCUGGCAUCUUGGCCAGUGCCUUCCAAGAGAGGUGGCAAAACCGUCUGUGUGCAUCGUGAAUGCAUCCUGCAUGAAGAACUUUGUUAGUUUGUGCAACACAACAAGAAUCAACAUUAGACACAACAGCAGCACUGUCGUCAUAAGUUAUACAGAACAAGCCAUCUAUAAACUUUGCAUGCAAAAUGUCCUCUUUGCCUUUUCUGAUGACACAGACGCUCCUCUUGAAGAAAAUCUCAAAACCAUGCCCAGUCAGCUGUGGGACACUGAGCAAAUUGUCUGCAGCACCUGGAACAUAUAGUACAUCUUUGAUGGUCGUGUGCAGACUUGCCAGUUUCACAGUCCCUUCUCCUGCAAUUCGCAACGUCUUUCCACCAGCCAGGUGGAUCUCACCUUCUUGAGGUUUGAAGGAGAUAAAUAGGUGGCGGUCCUUUGAGACAUGGCGGGUACAGCCUGAAUCAACAACAAACCUGGCCUUGGCCUUUGGAGCAGCCUUUGCAGCAAGCAAAACCUUGUUUUCCACCGGCGUGGGCUUUUGCAGCUUGCCCCCCUGCUCCUGGCCAUCAGACUUGCGUUUAGCCUUUGGUGAAGCUGUGCCAGUAAACAAAACCUUGUUUUCCACCGGCGUGGGCUUUUGCAGCUUGCCCCCCUGCUCCUGGCCAUCAGAUUUGCCUUUAGCCUUUGGUGAAGCUGUGCCAGCAAACAAAACCUUGUUUUCACUGGCGUGGGCUUUGCAGCUUGCCCCCUGCUCCUGGCCAUCAGACUUGCCUUUAGCCUUUGGUGAAGCUUUGUUUUUCUCUGGCGUGGGCUCUUCACCCUCCCUCUGCUUCUGGCCAUCUGCAAGCGUCUGCCUCUGUUUACCUUUGCCCUUCCGGCCUCUGCAAAGGCGAUGACCUUGGUUCCCAUGAGAAACAGAGCUCUCAGCUGCCGACUCCUUGGCUCCCCCUGGAGGCUGGAAUGCUGCCUGGGAUGACGUGACAGUCAGCUCCCCUGCAGCUUGCAACCGGUGCCCUCAGCAUCCCUGCAUUCACUCGCAUUCUGGGAAACAGCCAGGACCUCCGAUGCAGUCAAACUCUGGGCUGGGAUGACUGGCAAAUGGGCUAUCUUCAAAGCAUGCCACAUCUUACGUGCAGUGGCGUUGCCAGCAAGCGUUUUUAUUUCCUCCAGAGAGACGGACAAGACUAUUACGUCUAUCGCCUUCGAAUUUUCGGCCUUCCAUCUAUCUGUCAGAGGAACUGGAGGGGCCUCACACACAGUAUGCCACACUCCAAACUGUCGAAGCAAGCUCUCACACCACACAGCCCAGGUCCCAUAAUUGUGCCGAUUUAGCUUUGGGCACUCAGCAGCCUCAGAAGCUUGGAAAAACUCCAUUCCAGGUUUCUAUUUGAGCCAUGAGUCUUAUUCACUUCAAAGACCCCUUAUCUCGGCUCCCAUUAAUCACGACGCCUUUGGCGCGGCUCCCAGAUCCAUUAAUCUGCCGGAGUUCAAAGGCCCUUGCCGCGGCAAACAGAAAAGCCUCACUUUCGCUUUUCUUCCACAUACCUUUCAGCAGUCUGUCGCAGUCUUACUCUCCUGUAAGUGCUGUGAAUCUGGGCCCAUAACCUGUUGUUGGGAUACUGCCAGGGAGAUAAAGUCCAUCAUGGCCCCCAAGCCGGCUGCCGGACGAUCCAUCGACCGCCCGUAGUCACGCAGUAUCAACAAUUAGCGACAUGAGUUUCUAGAAGAUUUCUUGCCACAUUCCAGAGCUCAUGCACACUGUAUCAGCAGAUAAUGCACAGCCAAAAGUUGCGCUCAGGAGAGCAUUAUUUACAAGUUUAUUCAGUGUUGAUCAGAACACAGGAAAACAUGACUGACUGCUUUAGUGUCUACGACACAGAGAGAAAACGAAAGCAACAGAAAACAUAAACAUCCUGUGAACAGGAAAUACGCAGACUCUGACUCACAAAGCCUGCUCCCUUUUAAGGUGGAACGGAAAUAUCCUAACACUCCAGCUGUUUGGCCCCCCUCCAGCUUUCUUAAGCAGGUAAGCAGGUAAAGGUAAAAGGACCCCUGACCAUUAGGUCCAGUCAUGACUGACUCUGGGGUUGCGGCGCUCAUCUCGCUUUAUUGGCCGAGGGAGCCAGUGUACAGCUUCCACGUCAUAUGGCCAGCAUGAUUAAGCCGCUUUUGGCGAACCAGAGCAGCGCACGGAAACACCAUUUACCUUCCUGCUGGAGUGGUACCUAUUUAUCUACUUUCACUUUGACGUGCUUUUGAACUGCUAGGUUGGCAGGAGCAGGGACCGAGCAACGGGAGCUCACCACGUUGCGGGGAUUCGAACCGCCAACCUUCUCGAUCGGCAAGUCCUAGGCUCUGUGGUUUAACCCACAGUGCCACCUGCACCCCUAUUUAUUGCAUUUCUAUCCCACCUUUUUCUCCAAGGAGUACAUGGUUCACCCCCCUCCUCAAUUAAUCCAUAAAACAACCCUGUGAGUUGGUUAAGGGGCUGUGACUGGCCCAAGGUCACCCAGUGAGCUUCAUGACUGAGUGAGGAUUUGAACUCUGAACUCCCAGGUCUUAGACUGACACUCUAACCACUACACCAGACUGGCUUCCUAGAGUACUUCUGCUAAGGGUCAGCUAUAUAAAUUAAGUAGGUAAAUAAAUAUGGGGAAAACAAAAUGACACUCAGAGAAGGAUCUGAAAUAUUUUCCUUGAAGCUUGAAUUUGUUUUAUUCUGGAUUGGCUGGUUUGUUGUUUUAAUGUGUUGUAAAUAUAAUGUGUUUAAAAUAUAAAGCGGUAUAGAAAUGAAAUUAACAACAACAAAUCUCACUGAGGGGUGGGAAUAGCACAUAGACAUUCUGUUGUGGUUACCAUAACCUAGGUUUAAGGUGCCAUUUGGUGAUAUGUUAUAUAUAUAUGUUUCUAAUGCUGGAUGUGUGCGUUUCAGGAUUUCUUUCUCUGUGUGAGUAGUAGAGGUGGUUGGUGGGUUCAUUUUAAAUCAUGCCAGAUUUAUAAGCAUUUUCUGCUAUUCUUUGGCAGAUUCCCUGCAUCUGGCACGCAGCACUGUCUAGCCUGAUACUCACUUUCCAGCUAAUGCUCUGCAUUCUUCUACCAGUAUGGAAACAUUCUAUAUACAGAGCCAUGUUUGGCUGAACUUGUAAAUAAGUUGGGAUGUAGGUGGCGGAACUACAGAGAGCUGUGUGAGGAUAUACUUUUAUAGCAAUUCAAAUGUAUGCAUGUGGGGGGCAGGGAGAUGCCUGUGCAUGGUAAGUUAAGAAUGUGAUGGCUUUGCAGUAUCACCACAUUCAACUACCACUGACUUCUUGAAUCAGUCUUAGUAGAUACGCCUGCUCAGGUUGAGAUAAUGAAGACUGCGAUGUGCAUUUCUUCCUUUCUACAAAGAGGUGUGCCACGGCUCAAGCGUGCCUGAGAGACGUGCCAUCUACAUCACAGUCUUUAUUUCCUUACCCUUAAAUAUGUAGAAACUGGUGAUGGUUGUUUAGGAAAAAAGGUGCUCUGCACAUGCUCAGAGGCACUUUCCUGUUUUAUUACCUCACCUAUUCCUGGGCUCUUCACUUUAGAAUGAGAAUGGAUUCUGUGGCUGAGCCCUGCCUGUUUGUAUACAAAUGAGAAAGAGUCAAACCAGUGGCCCACCUUACAUUCUUCAGCCAGCAGGUCUUAUAUGUGAAAUGUGGGCCUCUUCCUCUUGAACAUUUCGGUUUCUUCUGCAGGAUGGCUGUCAUUACUUGCUGACAAGCUCUGUAUGCAGCUGGGGGCAUCUGGGUUAUCAGGGUAGAGACCACCAUGAAGGGAAUGUGAUUUGUACUGUGCAGCUACUGUAGAAUAAUGAUGGUAGCCCAGUUGCCUGCUCAGUCUCCCAUUCAGCAGUUCCUUUGUUAUGCUCAGUGACAUUAAACACCUUUUCAAAAACAAAAACAAAAGCACCACCUCUGCACUUUUAAAAACUUUCUGUCAAGGAAAAUUUAUUUCCAGAAUACUUAAUAUCCUGUUAAAGUGUUCUGAGGUUUACUCAAGUUACCUGCUUGAGCCUCAAGUGUCAUCUUGUAGAUUUUGUUAUGAAGGAUUGAUCCAAAGUAAAUCAAAAUAAUCCCUUGAAAGUUUCAGCUGGGCCUUGAAGACCCACAUCUUUUAGUAGCUGAUGUAAACUGGGCCUCAGAAAUGGUGGUGUGAUUUAUUUACAAUUGGUUUAGGGCUGGUUGUUGUUUUUGUGCUAGUUUUUUUAGAAAGCAUUACAAACUGUGGUUGUUUUAAACAUAUAUUGUAGUACUGGUUGACACUGUAAUAGUUGAUAGUGUUUGUUAACUGUUAUCACUUUGUGAAUAUUUUUUGUUUAGAAAGUGGUUUAUAAAAGUUUCAAAUAAAUAAGACAUACAUAAAUAGGAGUCUUAUAAGAACUUUUAAAGGUCACAUGCAGUGUAUGUUUAAUGUUGCUGUGAAGCUCUUUCACAACAUCUGAAAAAAGUAAUCUAUGAGUAGAUGAUUCAUUCCAAGCUGAGAACCACAGUGAAAAUGUAUCACCAGCCAGAGGCCAUUAAUAAGAAUAGCCCUAGUGCAGAUGUUUUCAACCUUUUUGAGUCCAUGGUUCCCUAGACCAACUACAUUCUUUCUGCGGCACUCCUGUGGGGCUUAGGAGUCCAGUAAUGUCAUCCCUUGCCUGCAGCGCUGGCAGCCUCUCCCCCUUUUUCGAACACCCUCCCUUGUGAAGUGUUCUCUUUUUUUUUUUUAUUAUAAUUUUUUAAUUGGUUUUUCACAUUUUAUAAAGACAUAACACACACGUAAAAGACAAAGACAAAAAACAUGUAUAAUUUCAAAAUUCUUGCUUUGUUUACUUUUGUCCUUGACUUCCCCACACCCCCCCUUCAUACAUCCCAAUUCCCAUAAUUAUGUCAGCAAGUUAUUAUUUUACCUCCUUACCCUGUUAAUAUUACAUCUUUUGUAGAAGAUUAAAUUCUAUCCUAAGUUGGGCUCAGAUUCCCUUCCAUCGAUUUCCCAUUUUUUAUUAAGCAUCAAUCAUAUUGACUAGACCCAAAAGUCGUAAGUGUUUUUAAAAUUCUAUUUCCCCCCCCUCCCAUCCCCGGUUCGUCCCUUCCCAAGUACAUUUCUACAAUAACAGUUCUUAGCCUGGAUUUCUCACAUCCGAGGCCUUCAAGUCUCUUUCAGUCCCUCUCCGCCGGUUUUGUUGGUAGUCCUUUAUGUUGGUCUUCGGAUCUCGAAGGAGUUCUGUCCCAGUCAAGCCAGAUUUUCUUCCCACAAGAAAACUUGGAGACAACUGCUGCAAAAGUUCCACCAGUCCUUCAUAUUCAGAAUGGAGGCCCCCAUCAUAUUUCUUCUUUCUUUUAAGUUCUUGAAUUCCAAGUACUCCAGGGGCCUCCUCCUUCAUCUUUCGCAUCUUUUGCAGAUUUGUAAUCCAUGUAAUCCAAGGAUCUUCUUGUUUAUAAUCCACAUGUGUAGGCUUCUGGUUGGUACUUUCCAUCUGUGCUUUCUCCUUUCCUUGUUUAGUCUCCUUCAAUUCUUGAGAUAUCUGUUCCGGUUCAGCUGCAGAUUUUUUCUCAUUCAGAUCCUCAAUAUAUUCAGCAGAGUUGCUUAUUCCAGAAGUCAAGGUCGUAAGUUGUUUAUUCAUAGCCAGACUCUGCUCUUGUAAAGUUCCCACAAAGUAACACAUUCUUUCUAUUUCAGCUAGUAAAUUUCCAUCCGCAGCCAUUGUAAUGUCUCAGAAUUCCCUAGAGGGAAUCUGGUUACUUAGUAAUCUUUUCCCAACAGUCCUUUGCCUCGUUCUUUGUUUCUUUGUUUCGAACCACUUUAAUUCAAUUGUAUCACAUUUAGUCCAGGGAGAUCUUAAAUAACACGCUUUUUACUUUAAAUUGCCCGUUUGACAGCUUUAACAGCUGUCAAACUCCUUUCCUCUUCAACAGGCUCAAAGACAGGACGCUCCCGGGCCCGGAAGGGGGGGGUUACACACCACAAGAGAAAAACUUCUAAAAUUCCACUCUUACACUCCAGCUCAAAACUUCUUUUAUCAAAUCGUGAAAGUUAAAGUCUUUUUAACUCACCCCAAAGGGGUAGACUCUCCAACUUAGUUCUCCUGCUAUUGCUUUAAAUCGUCUGCAGAAGGGGGGGGUGCGGACUUCCCUUUAACACAUCCCCCGGUCGUAUCAAAUUCACAGAUAGAUAUUUUAAAGUCCGAAUUCCAAUCUACUCACGGGUUGCUUCUUUUCGAGUUCCGAAUUUAAGGAAAAGAGUCUGUGCUCUUCAGCCAUGGCACACGGCUCCGCUCCGCUGGGGUAGCGGUCUACUCCCAGCACCACGCCGCUUCCGUACCCUCUCCGUAGCCUUUAAAAAGGCUCUUCGUGGGUCGGGGGCGCUUAAGGUGCCCACCGAGUCACCAGGUCCGCAGGCAUCCGCGCCUGCGGUUUUUGAGGGUCUCCGCGUCGCCGUCGCGGCAAGACCCGUCCCCAGCGGAGCCGAUUCCCUCCGGAGCUCGGAGAGAAUCCGCCAUUAGCUGUUCGCACCAACCCGGAAGUCCCUUGUGAAGUGUUCUCACAGCCUCCUCUCCUCUCCCCUUGGGAGUCCUUUGAGUAGCUGCUGCUGCUGCUGUCACUGGUCUCUGAGCUGCCUCAACCCAAAGAGAAGUGAAGCUUAUAGCCAGGGCUGUUGCACUAAACAUCUGUGCAACCCUUUGGGAGGCAGAGAUGCAAGAAGGCAUCAGAGAAAGAAAGAGGGACAGAGGCCAGUGUUGCCUGCAGCACCCCUGACCAUCAUUCAAGGCACCCCAGAGUGCCAUGGCACACUGGUUGAAAACCACUGCCCUGGUGGAUUAGGCCAAAGGCCCAUCUGGUCCUGUAUCCUGUUCUCACAAUGGCCAACCAGAUGCCUAUGGGAAACCUGCAACUGGUAUUCAGAGGCAUAGUGCCUCUGACACUGGAGCCAUCAUGACUUAGCCUCUAUGAAUUUAUCUAAACUGCCUUUAAAACCACUUUGUGCAUUUCUCCAUCAUUCUCCUGAUUUUUGGAGGAAGCGGGCUUGUUGUGCAAGUGCUCCAAAUGAACUUUAAUUGUGCAACCUGAAUUUAACUGAAAAUAGUGACAGUCUGGAAGUGUCCAAAGUUCCAUUGAAAUACAGUCAUAUCUCACGUUACGUUUGCUCCAGGUUGAGUGUUUUCAGGUUGCGUCCCACGGCGACCUAGAAGUACUGGAACGGGUUACUUCCAGGUUUUGCUGCUCGCGCAUGUGCAGACGUGCAAAAUGACGUCACGUGCAUGUGCAGAAGCAACGAAUCAUGACCCACGCGUGUGCAGACAUGGGUUGUGUUCUUUUCAGGUUGCGAACGGGCCUUCAGAACGGAUCCCGUUCACAACCAGAGGUACCACUGUAAGUGGCUUACAUCUGAAUAAACAUCAUAGAACCAGACUGUAUGUCUCUAUUGUAGUUUCCCCACACUCCCUAUUUAGUGAAAAUCAUACUGUAAUUGAAAUUCUUUCAAAAAGGAAAACGGAGUUGUGUCAAAUAGCUUCAAUGGAUGUUACAAAUUCUUGCAAUUUGGUGCCAGCGUUUCAAUCACAGUGGUCAUAUGGUUUGGGCAUUUGACUUCAUCCCUGAAAUUUGUGGGUUUUGAGCCUCAUUUCACUGAACUCUAUAUGAUUUCACGAACUCUUGGAUUCGGAAAGUCAAAAGGAGUGGUUACAUAUGGUGCUACUCAUAUUGUUGUCUAAUGUAAUAGAGGUCAUAGAAACUAAUACAUCUUGGCCACACCAGUCCCAAGAGACAAAACGGUUUGAGACAGACUAUCAAGGUAUGAAAUAUGGACAAUUUUUGAAUCCACAUAAUGUAUGAAAAAUAAGACUUGGCAAAUGCUCCAGCUUAAUAAAAUAUGUAUGGGCAUGAAACUGGCAGGCAGUUACUAUUUACUGCUUCUUCUCCCUCCAGUGUGGCCCUGACUGCUCACUCUGUUCCCUGUUCUAGUACUUCGGGGAUAAUGAAAAUGGCAGGCAUGGCUGGAACUUCACUGUGCACCUGACCUCUGUGAAAGCCAUUUCAAAAAAGGCAAGUUGUGGCAACCAGUGUCAGCCCUGGUAUUCCCAUGUUGGGUGUUGAUGCUGGGCCCCAUCAUUCGCCACUAUCUCUGGCAAUCAUCCCCCCCCCCGCUCCACCUCCAAUGUAGCCUCCAAAGCCUGGACCUCAUGAGACCACUGUUCUCAGUGUGAGCUUGCCUUCACAACUGAAUUGAAAUUAUGCAUGGUGUGAGAAAGUGUGCCAUGUUUAAAGUGAUUCUGGUGAGGUGAAUUCUUUCAGGCCUUUUUAGAUCGACAGGACAGGACUCAAGAGUGCUGGAUGGCUUAAACAUAAUGAUCUAAGAUUCUAAGAAUAUUGUCUUCUGAUACCAUAAAUAAUGUGGUGUAUAGCUGGGACUGAAUCACAACCCUUUCAACCGAGAAGAUAAGUUGCUCCAAGUGCCCGUCUGCAAGUGCUUCAGUUCCAAUGAAGUCAGGAUAGUCAUGCUUCUUCAGCACAAUUCUUUACGUGUCCACUCAGAAAUAAGUCCCAUUGAGGUCAGUAGGGCAUAUUACCUGGCAAUUGAUUAUAGGACUUGCAGCCUUAAAAUGCAAAGUUCCAUGUACAGUGGUACCUCGGGUUACAUACGCUUCAGAUUACAUACACUUCAGGUUACAGACUCCGCUAACCCAGAAAUAGUACCUCAGGUUAAGAACUUUGCUUCAGGAUGAGAACAGAAAUCGUGCUCCGGCGGCGUGGCAGCAGCGGGAGGCCCCAUUAGCUAAAGUGGUGCUUCAGGUUAAGAACAGUUUCAGCUUAAGAACGGACCUCCAGAACGAAUUAAGUACUUAACCUGAGGUACCACUGUAAUGUUGUUAUCUUACAGAUAAGGAACCACAUCUGAGUGGUAAAGUACUCUAUUCAUGCUUGAGUCCUAUAAAGAGAAACCAUAUCUGUCUGCUGUAUCAUGUACCCAGGAAGCCAUAGGUUCCUAUAGGAAGUGGAAAAAUGCAAUCGGGAAAUCUGAAUGCUCCAAUAUUGGCUCUUGGUCAACUAAGGUCAGAUCAAUCUAGUCUGCUGACUGCAUCUACCACUUCUUGUAAGUUAGACAUGUGGCUUACCAAGAAAGCAGUAGAGUUGGCAGACAGUGUGUUUUAUUACAUUGGUUUCAGACAGUAACUUUAUACUGUUCUUUUGUAAUGAAAACUUACUUCAGUUUACUUUAUUUAUAAAACCUUUUGCCUCACUGUCCCUGACACCGAAGGUGAUUUUAUCUAAUGAAACAAAUCAUAUAGAUUUUAGAACAGUCCAGAGUACAACAGAAAUCUUAAGGAGACAAAACAGAAGCAGAAAUGGAAUGAGAAAGCAAAAGGAUCUCUGGAAGAAAAGCUGCAAGAUUAAAACACGUGGGGGGUAAUAAGUAAAUUAUAAUGGCAAGCCCCCCUGUCUCAAAUGUUUAGGAUAUGGAGGAAAUAAGUGGCAGCGUGUUUGCAUCUGUGCGUGUGUACAUAAAUCCUUUUCCUCCUCCUGUUAACCUGCUCUUUACCUUCCCUGAGUUCAAGCUUUGUGAAGUUAUUAGGGAAAUGUGGGGUAGCAUCUAAAUGAUGAUGGGUUUUUGGUAAAUGAGAUAUAGAUAAUAGUAGCAUAUAUUCUGUGCUGUCUUUGUGCCCGCUGCUUUUAAUGCAGGAAAAUGAAAUCCAAACCCCAGGACUCAUAAAUGCACAACAUUUUCCCAGGAGGAAAAAUGCUGUAUACCGCAAAAUGUUUCUGAGAGAGAGGGAGAGAAAGUGGGUAAUAAACAGGCCAAUAAAAGUAGUCUGGGGAAAAUUAGUUGCCAUAUCUUGCUAGCCUUUCUGCUUUUGCCAUUGAGAAACCUGACCUACUGAUAGUUUUGUGCCGUAUGCUUAGUAGCAGUUAGUGACGUGAAAUAAGAAUGAAGAUUUGUUCCACUGUUAAUAUUUUCCAGGGUACACUGCCAGGCUGUGGAUAAUUAUCCUUCCUUUAAGCACAUGAAACUGCAAUUCUGAGAUAAACACUUCAGAUUAAUGCUCCAUUUAUCCAGAAAGCUGCUUCUCAGAGGGCGAAAUCGUUAAGAUCCCAUUCUGGAUUUCAUUUGGAACUUGCCACUGUAUCCAUGAUGCAGUUGCAGUCUGUGGGCUGUGACAUUGCUGAGAGUUUUGCUGUGAAGGAGCACUUUCAAUUUAAGCAUGUGAAUGAUUUCUAGUGACACAUCUACCGCCUUGCAGAACUUAAGAGGGUGGGAUGGCAAAGGAGGAAAGUAGAAAGGGAAGAUGGCUCUUCACUUAACCAGGAACAGAGUUCCCUUGAAAAAACAAACCUUGGAGAGACUCUUUUUCUGUUCCCUUCCGUCUUUCUGCUCAUUGUAUUUUUGAACUGUUGCUGUCAAAUUAAUUGGUAGCUAUCCUGGGAAGUUGAAUCCUUGCUUAAGUUUUAACACUUGCUGGAUCCAGUAAUGAGAAGGAUCUUGGCAUGCAACCUCAUCCUCCCCCACUCCCAGCUCAUAACAAUAUAAUGGAUUUCUGCAUGUUACUUUCACUAAUAUAUGCAUUGUCAUGCACACUUUACCCUUGCCUAUGUAUUUUUUGUACACACAAAUCAGCUGGACAACUGCACUGCAAAAUUUGGAGAAGUGCAAAUAUUGAAGGAUGACUGUAUUUCAGUUCACAUGUUAUUUUGAAAGUGCAAAUUCAGUAUGCUUGCCUUUAAAUGUGAAUUGAAUCAAAUUUAUCCCACAAUCCCAAUCAUUGCAUGGAACCCUAGCCAUGUGAUUAAUAUGUGAAGGGUGCUAAAAACAUCUGGUUUGCUAAAUACGGACGUGAUUGCAGGUUGGGUCCUACACACUACAGAGAAGAACAUUACUAUGUGUCAACCAACCAGUCCUAUGUUUUACUAGUCUGGGCAUGCUGUGUCUCACUGUGCCAAUCUUACCCUUGCCACCUUCCUUGCUCUACUCAGUGAUGAGUAUUUGGAUCAAUAGUGGGGAACCCCGUAGGGCCCUCCAGACAUGGUUGGAUUCAAACUCCCAUUAGCUCCAACCAGCAAGGCCAACAGUUAGUGAUAAUGGGAGUUGUAGCCCAGUGACACCGGUAGGGUCAUAGGUUUCCUGUCCCUGAUUUGGUGGUCAUUUCUUUGAGAAAAUGUAACUGAAAAAAUUGAAUUUUGUUUUAAACCCAAAUCUGUGCUCCAAGGCUGCUUUGACAUUCACUUAAUAAAGUUAACUGGGUUGCCCUCAGCCCCUUUCAAAGGGGAACGGAGUAUGUCUGAGUGCCACACUAUCUCAGUUAAAUGGUUAGCUUCUAUGUUGGAAUGGGACGCGCUUCCUGUUCACCCCAUCUGUUGCUGAUUUAGGUUAAUUGAAGAAGUUUCAAGCCCUCUUGCCGAGUCCAAAGAGAAUUUUCUCCUCCUGGAAUUUAACCUCUAGAGAAAUCAUGAGCCCAGCUCUUUAAAGACUUUAAAAUACCAUCCUGCUAUAAGUGAUCCUUUCCAACUUUUCCGUGCAACAUGGCUCCUUGCUGAAGUUAAAUGGGCUCUCUUCCCCACCACACUCCAUUAAUUCAUAGUGAAUAUCCUAAAGGGGAACCCUCAGAGAACGUUCAGGAUACCUCACUAUUAAUAAUAAUAAUAAUAAUAAUAAUAAUAAUAAUAACAACUUAUUCCCCAGCCACUCUGGGCGGCUUCCAAAAAAAUAUUAAAAUACUGUAAUACAUCAAACAUUAAAAGCUUCCCUAAACAGGGCUGCCUUCAGAUGUCUUCUAAAAGUCUGGUAGUUGUUGUUCUCUUUGACAUCUGGUGGGAUGGCGUUCCACAGGGAGGGCACCACUACCGAGAAGGCCCUCUGCCUGGUUCCCUGUAACUUUAAUCACUUUUAAUCACUUUAAAAAAAUCCUCAAGCAACUUAAACACUGAAAACAGGUAUAAAAAAAGAGUAGAAGCAACAUAAAAUGCAGUGAUAUGCAUAAAAGAGCUAAUCCAGCUCAACCUUCAUAAAAAUAUGAAGAGUUAGGCUCCAAAGGCCCGGGUGAAUAAAAAUAUUUUUCCUGUUACCCAGAAACAGAUAAUGAUGGCACCAGGCAUGCCUCCUUGGGGAGAGCAGUCUAGAAAUGGAGCCACCUCUGAGAAGGCCUGUUUUCAUAUCACCAUCCUCCACACCUCCAUUUGAGAGGAUGCACAGAAAAGGGCCCCACAUGGUGAAUGCAGGGUUCUGGUGGCUUCAUGUGUGGAGAGGCAGUCCUUGAGAUACUGGGAUCUUGCGCUGCAUAAUUGAAUGAUUGUAAGGUGCAAAUACAGCCAGUUUAUUUAUUCAUAAGUAUAUUCAGAAAGUGUAGACAGUUGUAGGGGUACUACAGAAUGCCUCUGGAGAACACUAUCUUAACACUAAAUUAAUGCAUAGCUGGUCUAGAAGUGAACAGUGGGAUCUUAAAGAAAGUGAUUGUGGUUGUCAGCCAGGCACGAGUAUGGACAACUCUCUCUGUCCUGAGCCAUGCCAAAAUUUCAGCAUUAUCCUAUACUUCACUACUCAGAAGUAAGUCCUAUUGAGUUCGGUGGUACAGAAUGAGAAAGAAAUCGAAAUCAAUAAACGUGCUUACUCCAAGGGACGUGUAGUUAAUAUAAGUGGCUUGGGAUUUUUUAAAGCUGAAAGUCUGAUUCUGUUUGAAUGUUAUAGGGAGCUCAUUGUGCUACUGGUUUAUCAUAAGUCACCAUCAAAUUGCAUUGACAAGUCAGUCACAUGCUUGUUGGCUCUUAAGGCCUUCUUAAGAAUGUUAUGCAUGCAGAAAGCGGGAAUGCUGUACUCCAUGAACAGAUUGUUUUCAGAUCCUGAUGAAAGCUUAUGUCUCAAAGUUGGCAUGACAGAUCUGUUUCACUAAUGACUGCUCUUCCAACACUAACUGUGGCUGCUGAUGGAGACCAGAACUGGAAUCCAGUUAUGGGAGAGUGUUGUGACCUGAGCAGCAAAGAAUUAGAGGCCAGAGAGGAGGAGUGCUAAGGUCCACUGAACCCUCAUUACGUACUCUAUAGCAAUUGGGGAAGUUGUUAAGGCUACAGUUUCCAGUAGUCUGCACUGCUCAUGCCAAGAGUGCUCAAUCAUGUUUAGAAUUGCUUUGGCACAGACAAAUAAUGUGCAGACCACUGCAAAGUUCUCUCAGUGCAAAUGAGCACAAAAUUCAUUGCAGGCAAGUGUAAUUAAGGGAGGAAACAAUCAAAGGAAACUAUGUGUUCAAGAAGGAAUGUAUUCAUAGUUGUGUGUGCGUGCACUGCAUCUGCCUUUUGCGAAUUCUUAGUACAGUUACAAUGAGUAGAAGAAAUAGAUCGCAUCUCAAAAGGAGCUUCUUGUCGGGUGCUCUUAUUCAUGGCAGGACUGGAGCUCAAGAGUUAUGAUCUAUGUGUUGGGAGAUCCUGUCAUGUACAGAGGGAUCCAUAGCCAUGUACUGCUUUGCUGACCUUUUCGACUGUAAUCAGCAUGUGUCUCACAGUUUCCUGUGGCAUGCAGAGUAGUUUAAUAUAAUCCCUGUCGUAGUCUAUAUAAUAGGUGCCAUUACUGUGAUCCUGUUUUUAAAGAGUACAUGAUUGAUUUACUGUAUUCCUCCCCGCUCCACUUCAUGGGAAAAUGUGAAAAUGUUGAAGGUGACUUCUGCCUAUUCAUGUGAGCUGAGCUGAGGCCUUCUGAGAGGGAGUGAGACUGCCAACAAGCCAUUCUGUAAAUAAACAAGUGUCUUGGGAUGUCCCCCCCAAGGUCUGAGGUUGGGUGUCUUGCAGACACUUGGCAGCAGGAACAAAACCAUCAAGAGUUGGAUUGUCGCUGAACUCAUUUCAAUAACAGAUGAGAAUUUCCGAGCAGGAAGAAUUGCACAUGCCUUAUGGGAUUUGUCUGGGAGGGGGAGGGAAGUACAUUUUAUGGAAGGGAGAAGGAAUUUUUAUUUCAUUCUGAAUGUAGCGGUUGGUGCCUACAGACAUGCUCUUCAACAAUUGCUGAACAAACACCACAGAGGUAGAAUCAAAUUAAAACAGCAACUCAGGGCUCCAUUAUGGACAUUGAUAUUACACCGUAGCAUGACUUGCAGUAUAAGACCAUGCUUGCUUCUCCUGGAAGUGACUCCACACUUUUCCAUGGCAAUCCAAUUGCUGUGUGUUCACUAGUGUUUCCCACAUGAAAGGAAACAUGUGGAUAUCAUGCAUGUUUUAAAUAUUCCAUUCUCACAUGCCUCACAAUUCUGGAUUAAUCAGGAGUCUGCAACAUGUGAACACAAAAUGUGAACGCAGGUGUUUAUGGAUGUGUGACUGAGUUCCACACUUGACAAGCCUGUUGUCUGAAACUCUGGGCUUUCUGUGUGAAGUUGCCUCCACUUUACUCAAGGCAACUGGAAAACCAUAAUUAUUGUCAUGUACCAUGUCAUGUACCAUCCAUUUUAAUGUGUUGCUGUUGGCCUUUUUAAUCCUUUAAUGAAUGCAGUGAACAUGAAAAUAAAUAACUAAUAUUGGACAAAAGUAUAAAAUUGGUAUUAUUACACAUUGGCUUCUGUUGUUAUUUGUGAAACUUUGUCCACUGGUGAGACUCUUCUUGCUCUUUUCAAAUGAUACUGUGCAGAGCAGGAAGGACCGGUUUUGUCCUCUGAUAUUGCUAUAAAACCAGGGCUUUUUCCCCAGCUGGAACUCCCCAGAGCUCAGUUCCAGUAUCUCUCAGGUGGGCGCCAUUGCCAUUAUAAGAGAACAAGGGAGGUGUUCAUAGUGAGUUCUGGCUCCUCUUUUUCUAGAAAAAUAGCACUGUAUAAAACUAAUACAGUGGUACCUCAGGUUACAUACGCUUCAGGUUACAGACUCUGCUAACCCAGAAAUAGUACCUCGGGUUAAGAACUUUGCUUCAGGAUGAGAACAGAAAUCGCGUGGCGGCAGCAGGAGGCCCCAUUAGCUAAAGUGAUACUUCAGGUUAAGAACAGUUUCAGGUUAAGAACGGACCUCUGGAGCGAAUUAAGUACAUAACCCGAGGUACCACUGUACAGUUUUAAACCUUUGGCCUUGGCUUCUCAGACAUUUUUCUAUGACUGGAUCUUAGCAAUGCUAUGCUGAACAUCUUAGGGCAAAGUCACACGUGCUUGUCUACCACUUGAUAACUGUAGUAAGUGAUGAUACUGAAUUUCCAUAUCCCCACCCAUAAUUUUAAAGGUGUGCUUUUGAAUUAAAUCACUUCACUCGUUCAGCUGCCAGCGUUUUAAGUCCCAUUCCCAUGUUACUUGCAUGAAGGGGGCAUCGCACAAUUACAACAGUACAUGCUGUACUCUUAGCAUGCUGUCUUGGCCCUGGCACUUUGGUAAUAUGCAGAAGUCUAUUGAAUGGUUAAUGUGAAAGCUCCCAUGAGAUUGGGCUGCUUGUGUGUAGACUUCUGUGCUACAGAGGACUAUGCUAGCACAUGAACAUCUAGAGCUGACCCUGAUGCUGGAGGUGGAGCCAGGCAACGUAAUGGGGGGAGGGGGCUGGGACUAGCUGGGUAGUCCUUCUCUUCUGUGAACAAGUGAAGGGAAGUCAAGUGUAGAGUAAUCAAGUAUUGUACACACACAUGUGAAUCAGUGCUGACCUCAGGGCAAAAGCCCCAUUGCCAUACCUGAGGAAAGGUUGGAGAAAUGUACCGUAUAUUUCCCCUCGCUCUUUCCUGACGCUUUGAAACUGCAUUUCUUGGAAUCAUUGUCGUUGCAUUGAAUUUGGAUGUCUGAGUGAUUUUUUGGGAACCAAAUUUCCUUUGACUGCAUCAUGAAAGUAAAAUCUCCUUUAAAUAUGCAGGAGAAAAUAAACCACAGGCACACUGCAUUUUUGGAACAGCCUAGAUGGAAGAUCUCCUCUGAGAUACAUUCCUGACUAGAGCUUAGAUUUGCUAAUGGCUCAAAGGGUUUGUAUGUUUCAGAGUGCUAUAAACUAGGGGAAGUUUCUUUAACUAUGGUAUUUUGCUUAAUAAUAUAAAGAAAAAAGAAUAAUUUAAACAUUUUAAUCAACCACCCAAUCCUUUACAAAGAUCUUGAAUUUGUGUUAAUGGAUUAAAAUAUAGCUUGUGUUAAUGGGUGGUAGAUACACACACACAAGUGUGCAUGCAAACUAUUUUAGCAGGAACAGAUGAUUUAGAAAGCAGAUAUAAAUCUUCUGGGAAUGGGCAGACCUUUACAAACAACUUAAUUCUGCCACAUUUUUCAGUGACUAGACUUACAACCCAUGAGUCAUCUGCUUUGUGCUCCAGAUUGAACACUUUGUUGUUAACAGAUGCAUUGUGCUUCAUAGUGCAUGUACUAUUACUCAUUAAAGCACAUCAUUCAUUAAGCAGAUAGAAGUAAAAUGGAUGCAUUCGGUAUAGUUGUGAAUGUGUUGAGAGAGUGAGGACAACUCUUUCCAUGUGAUAGAAAUGAUCCUGAGAUACAUGAUAUCGGAUUAGUUUUUGUGUAUGUCUGAAGCUUAAAAAUUCUUAAAACUUGAGUGGCUGGGGGCUCAUGGCAGAUGGAACAUAGAAUCCUAGAAUUGUAGAGUUGGAAGGAACUCUGAGGAUCAUCUAGUCCAACCCCCUGCAAUGUAGGAUUAUGUAGCUGUUCCAUAGAGGGAUCGCACUUGAAACCUUUACGUUAUCAACACCAUGCUCUAACCAGCUGAGCUAUCCAUGCUCAAUGAAAGGAUACCAGUCAUGCAAAAAUGUAUAUAACCUCUUAGCCAUCUUCCAUUAUACUUUUAAAAUUAUUUCAUUCACCUGAUGAAAUGAGUUGCUGCAAAAUAAAGUUUAUGCCAUAAUAAACUGCUUGGGGUUGAAUAACACACAGUGUGUGGUCACUUGAUGAUAUGACUGGAGACUGGUGCAUAUAUUUGAGAAAACCUACAUUUUUGAAGAUUUUUUCAGUUACGAAAGCACAAUCAACAUUUCAUUAACAGGGAAGUAUUGAUAUAUAUCAUUCCCCAACCUAGCAGUUUGAAAGCACGUCAAAGGGCAAAUAGAUAAAUAGGUACCACUCCGGCAGGAAGGUAAAUGGCGUUUCCGUGCACUGCUCUGGUUCGCCAGUCAUGCUGGCCACAUGACCUGGAAGCUGUCUGCGGACAAACGCCAGCUCCCUCGGCCUAUAGAGUGAGAUGAGCGCCACAACCCCAGAGUCGUCCGCGACCAGACCUAACGAUCAGGGGUCCCUUUACCUUUAUGGUAUAUAUCAUUCCUCUUGGCUAGAUCCCACACUGUUCCAUUAGUGUUUAAAUAAAAUAAUAAUCUGGUUUCCAUGUCAUUUCACAUAUCUGUGCUACACAUUCCUGGGAGGUGGUAGUUCUAAUGUGGCAAUUUCUCAUGUGCUGUGUCUUUUCCAUGUGAUGCAAAUAUUAAAAUGUGUUAACUAGAGUUACAUGGAUGGAUUAUUGUAAUAACCUACAGUUUCACAGGAGUAUAUAUUUAAAGUAGAUAAACAAAUUAGCAAAUUAAAUGAAUUUGGAUAUACAGAAGAUAUUUAAAAAAAGAUAACUUUAAGGAACCACAGAAAGAGGGGGAAGGAAGUCAAGUUUUGAAAUGUUAAAAUUAUUGUAAAAUUAAGGAAAUGUGUAAAUCUGAAAAGUAUAAACAAAACUAAAAAACCAAAACAACUAGAGUUGCAUGGGAUUCUGCCAGAAGGAAUCUCGAGUAUGCCACACGAGCAACAUAUAAACUGGGUCUCUGUGAAAUGUAGAUGAUCAGCUUCCACUGCAAUAGCUUGUGUCUGAAGCAAUUUCUGAUGACAUGAAAACCCCAUUUGAUAUAAUGGCUGUUUCACACCAUUUGGUUUCCAAAGCAUAUUUGUGUCAUUUUUGCUACCACAACAAAAGGAUACAGCAACUACUCUUCUCAAUGGCAGCUUUACUUGUGCUCUUGUCUGGAAAAGUCAAGUGAUGCCUGAAAUUAGCACAUGGUCCAUCUAUUUCUCAUGUGACUCCACCCUUGAUAAUUAUAUAUUUAAAUCACUUGCAGCUGGCCUGUUGCUGUUUUCACUCCCCAGGAUGGCUUACACUGAGGCAAUAAAAUCAAUGAUACCUCAAAGCACAAUGUAAAACAAUUUGUAACAAUCAAAGGAGUAGAGCAAUAGAAGUGCUUAACAUUUUAGCAGAGCUUAAAAUGGGGUUAAGAUAGUUAAAAAGCUCAAAUGAAUAAAAGGAAUCACAAGGAAGUGUCCCAUAGAUGAGGUGCUGCAACUGAAAAGGCCUUUACUCUGGUCACCACCCAUCUAACCUGUGAAGAUAAUGGCAUAUGGAAAGGGUUUCUGUGAGUUGAGGCAAUUAUUCAGCAGCCUGGAUCCCAAACUGUGUAGGGUUUUAAUGGUUUAGACUGGCACAAUGAAUUGUGCAUAGAAAUGGAUUGGCACUUAAUGUGUCUAUUUUGUUAGUUCUUAGCUAACCACACUUGUCUGGGAAUUCCAGUGAAAUUGAUAUGACUCGCAUACAUGCAAAUAGGUGACAUCCAAAAAUGUCUACUCACUUGCUUCAGGUUUCUCUACUCCCCCCUUGAAUCCCCCAUGUCCCCCCCCCCCAUAUUUUUAUGGAAGGUCUCCCAACUCUCUGUGUUAAGUUGUGGGUGAACAUAUCAGACGACACAGCGAUUCUUCAAACAGCUCUUGUUUAUUCACAGGCCAGGCCAGAACAGAACCUAAGGGUUCAGCCAGCCUGCUUAUAUAGAGCUCCACUACAACACAACAGUAACAACUUUCUGUAACUAUCCAAUCACUGAAAGUCACUUUCAAUUCCUUAUUUGCAUAUGUGGACCUGAGUGAAAACUACUACAGUUUCCCCCUGCUGGCCCAGGGUGAGAACUUCAGUACAUAACACUCUGGAUCAGAUUUUGGGGAUGUGCAGUGGGCUGCAGGGAGAGAAGAGGAAGCAGAAGCCCUGCUGCCUGAAAGGACACCUGCUUAUGCUACACUGGAUCUCACCCAAUGUGUGUAGUAUUGGAAUGACAGGACCUGAUUCCUGAUUUUUCAAAUAUUAAAAAUAACAUCUUUUCCUCAAUUUGAUAUUGUUUUGCAUCCAGUAGUUACAAACUUAUGAAAGCUACAUACAGCAGUGUGCCACAUAUCAUGUUCAAGCAGCCACUGUCAAUCUUUUGGGCAGGUGCAUUAGGUGACUCAUUUCAAGGUAUGAGAGACUGCCGCGUAUGCAAGUUCUCAAAUAAAGCCAUUCUCUCCUCCUUGUGUUUUGGUGCUUUAGUCUUGUGUUUUGGUGUUUUAGUGGACAAUAGGGCGGGACUGCAGGGCUUACUCUAUGCUUUAUUGGAACCCAUGAGUUCCUUCCACUCUUGUCCGUGAACCACACACGAAUCCCUACUACCUGUGCAACAUGCAUAGUAUGCAUGAUAUAGCUUGGGCACUGAUUUUUUUUUCUUCAUUUUAGCCUCGUAAAUAUCUACUCCAGCCUUCCCCAACCUAGUGCCUUUUAGAUAUUUUGGAAUACAACUCCCAUCAGCGCCAGAUAGCACAGCACAAAACAUUUGUAGGGGAGCAGUUUGGGGAAGACCUAUCUAUUCACUAUAUCCUUUAGAGAAGUGUAGAGAAGUGUCUGGAACUGUGAUUAGAAAAUGAUUUCUGUGUGUAAAAUGAUUGAUUGAUUGAUUGAUUGAUUGAUUUGAGUAGUUCUGCUAUGCUAUUUUCAGUGCCUUUUAAGAUCAAGAUGUCAGAGCCACAACUCACUGUGAAUAUCUCCCAUUCAGGCUCCAUUUCAAUGAGCUUUGCACAGGAGAAUGUCGUGAUGGAUUGAUUUCCAAAUGCUUCAUUCACAGUGCUUUGGCAAAAUUCAUCCUUGUUCCUAAAAUGGUUUUACCAAAUUAGCGAUGUCUUGGUUUAGUAGCAUUACUCAUCCACACUGCUAGCAAGCCUGUAAUCCUAUGUGUGCUUUCCUGGGAGUAAGUGCCUUUGAAACUAAUGGGACAUAUAUACAUAGAUUUGUACUGCACAGUAUUUUAGGUCAAUGUUUAACCAUUUGGAUUAAUAGUUAAUAGCUGUGAUUCAAGAUUGUUGGAUACUUCUUGUGCAAAAUACUUUGCUACUCUUAGAGAGAGAGAGAGAAAUUUCAAUGAUGUGCAUACACAGACAACAGACAAUGCAUAAUUUACAGUGCGAGCUCUACCGUUUCAAGCUCAGACUUCACUGUAUUUAAGCAGACUUGAUCUGAAUGUACUUUGUGAGGUGAGUGGCCUUAACACCUCUCAACUUUCCUAUGGGCAAAUGUCUGCCCGAACAGGAUUUGUCUGAGAUUUCUGGCACAUCUAGCUCUUGGCCAUCUCUAAAGUAUCACAACAGUAGACUAAAUUGUGCCAGGUACCGGUAAUCGUUAAAUCCCUGGUCAUAAGCUCUAAGCAGGAAGUGAAGGGAUGGAGAAUAAAAAAAAUGAAACACAACACAAUACUAAUUAGAUGUAGAACUGCAUGAAUAAAUGUUGUUUUGAAUUUGCUUGCAGUUCUGCACAAAGUUGGGCUAAUUUUUAGUUAACCUUUAGCACAAUCACCUAUCCCUGCUACUCACUAAGCUUCUUUGCUCUAUGAUGUUCCAGAAAACAACAGAAGGAGAAAAUGUGCAUUUUCUUCCUUUUCAGACUCCAGCUCAGCCUUCACCAACCUGGUACCCUCUAGAUAUCUUGGUCUACAACCCCCAUCAGCCCCAGCCAUAUGCUGCUGGAGCUAGGGGGAGCAGAGCCAUGCUGAAGGAGCUGGAGGGCACCAGGUUGGUGGUGAAGGUUGCUGUAGCUAUUGAGUAUAUGGGGAGACAGCAACAUCAGUUACUUUAAUCCUUAAUAUAAUGGAUAAACCCCUUUUCUGGAGGCAGCAUUUUCUCUAUUGGUCCUAGACUGAACUAGCACCGGAUGUUCACUCCAAAAUUUCCCACAGUGGCAGCCUAAAGUUGUUCAAGCAGCUGCAACGUUUCUAUUAAUAAGUCACGAUUAUAUCCAAGAGGCACAACAGUAGCAAAUAUACUUCGCCUCCUUCCUUCAUCUCAAACUUUGUUGUAGAAAAGACCCCAAUCUAGAACAUCAGUUUUCUCAUAAAAAUCAUGCCCUGCUUGGAUGCCAUUGGCCGAAGGUGCUGUUUGCAGUAAACAGUACUUCUGGGGUUGAACAAGCCAGGAGUGAGUUGUUUUCAGCAGAAAACCCAACUCAGAUUAUUGGGACCAUGUCAGGGACGCAUGGCUCCUUUUUUCUCGAAACGAAAAAUGGCCAGAUUAAGCACACUUGUUUAAAUACAUGGCUUAUGUCAUGUGCAGUUUGGGCCUUAAAACCAUCUCUAGUUUUAGUGCUUCCAUAGUCUCAUUAACCUAUUGCCAUGGGGAUUCCUAUUUCACUUGGGAAUUGUAAUUCUUAUUGCAUAUUUGAAGGGAAACUUUUGUUUGAAUUCAUGGUUGCAGAGUUAUUUAUGUCAGAUCCCUGCAGUUCACAAUAACAUACAUGACUACGCAGCUCGAGGCUUGUGCAGAAUAAAAGAAUCUUAAGAACUUGAGAUACCCUGCAGAAAAGAGAUGGUUUUUCAGAGAAAAAGCGGCCUGACAUUUUCCUUUUACUGCCUGCUGCCUAAUGAGCUUUUGAAGAUAAUGAUCUGCUCAGUCACCACAGGUUCUGUAAAGUUCCUAGCUCACAUUUAGAACAUUUAGAACAUAAUAUCAAAAGGGGCCGCAAAAAAAUGCCAUAGGUCUGCAUUGCAUUUUCAGUUCAAAGUGACUGCAGUGCUACCAUGUAAGAUCAUCCUGUGUAAAUAAACAGGAUGAUAUCUUAUUGGACAUCCAACCUGGCAGCCUGUACCAUUUCCAUGGUGUAUCUGGAGGAGACAAUCAUGGGAAAUAGUCUAUUUUGUAAAGAAAUUUCUCAGUGCAAAAGCUUUUGCUUAUUUGUGAGCGAGGCAAGCACUAAUUUGUUAUCUGUCACCUGUCUGGAAUGCAUUCCUACAACCUACUACAGUGGUACCUCGGGUUACAGACACUUCAGGUUACAGACUCUGCUAACCCAGAAAUAGUACCUCGGGUUAAGAACUUUACCUCAGGAUGAGAACAGAAAACGUGCGGCGGCAGCGGGAGGCCCUAUUAGCAAAAGUGGUACCUCAGGUUAAGAACAGUUUCAGGUUAAGAACGGACCUCCAGAACGAAUUAAGUUCUUAACCUGAGGUAACACUGUACACUUAAAUAUCUCUCUUACUCCUAAUCCACUACUGUUCAGUCCACUGUUCUUUCUCUGCAUCAGUCUCCACUAAUGUGGUUCCCUCCAGAUAUUCUGGACUACCUCUCCCAGCCAACCUGGCCAAUGCUCAGGGAUGAUGGGUGCUGUAGUCUAACAACAUUAGUAAGCCCAAAGGUUUAGCACUCCUGCUCUAAGCAUUGCCUUCCCAUGUCCUGCUGUUUGAUGCUCACAAGCAGGUUGAUCUGGUGGCCAGGAUCAGCAUGGCAGUUCCUUUUCUUGGAGGUGACUGGAGUGUGCAUGUCUGCGCCAGAUGGUUAUUCAAUUUCUAUGCCGCUUAAUAUAAUAAUAAUAAUAAUAAUAAUAAUAAUAAUAAUAAUAAUAAUUUAUUUAUAUCCGUCCCUCCCCAGCCAAAGCCAUGCUCAGAGCGGCUAACAACAAUAAAAGUAACACAAAAUUAAGCAACAACUGUCAACUUAAAUAAAACAUCACAAAAAUACAGAGUUACACAUUAAAAUGUUACGUUAAUACACAGUUAUUAAUACAUAAAAAUCAAUAUAUAUCACCUGGCUCCUGGGAGAUUGUGGCCCCGAAAGAUGCACACUUUUUGGGGUUGUGCUCUCGUGCGAGUGAUGUGACUCAUAGUGGACCGCAGCCCUGAAAGACGCACACCCCGGUUUUUCUUUGGAGUGUGUUGGAGGAUAUGUUCCUGCUUCCAGGCUUCUCAUGGGCAUCUGGGUGGACACUGUGAGUGCUGGAUUAAACGGGCCUUUGGCCCAAUCCUGCUGGCAUCUUUUUAUGUUCUUGGAAUAAUCUCAUUCCCUGGCCGGCACUUGUGAUCCUGAUGCAACCCUUUGGCUGUGACUUGCCUGGCUUUAGAAGUGUAUUGAGGUUUGGGUUAUUCUAUGCUACGUUAUUAAUGGAAGUAUUUGAAAAUCCAGAUUUCUGAGCAAUAUAUGAAGAAGCAAUGUUUUAGUUCCAUUUGUCGUGUCAUGGCAUGAGAUUAAGUUCUGAGCCACAGAAACACAGCCAGGUGCCUUAUAGAGAGUCAGACCAUUGGUUCAUCUACCUUAAUACUGUCUAUUCUGACUGGCAGUGGCACGCCAGGGAGUCAUUCUCAGUUUUACCUGGAGAUGACAGGGAGUGAAUCUGGGACUUUAUGCAAGCAAAGCAGAUUCUCUACCCCUGAGCCAAACCCUCUCCCUAAAUUAGAUUGCAGUCUUUCCCUAGAAAAGAUGCAGAUUAAACAGAAACCGAUAAGAAAGGUUCUACAGAAGUUGUAAUAUUCUGCAUUUAAAAAAACAUGCUGGGUAGUGUAUGAAAGCCGUGGACUUCUGUAAGAAUAGAUAUUUUUAAAGGACUUGGUUUCCCACUAGGGGGAGCGUUGCAUAUGUUGCUCACAUAGGAGAAACGGGAACUGUUCAGAUUUUCUGAGACUUUAUAUGGAGCUUUUAAAAUCUUCACUGACUGUCUUCAAUUAACUUUCCAAAGAAGGAAGUCUCCAAGGCCCUAUCUUGAAGUUUAAAAGGCUUGGGCUUGCUUUUGCUCCCAUUUAAAUUCCUGUCAAAGUUCUCAUUGAGUUCAAUGAGAUUUAAAAAGGGUCCUUUUUGUUUCCAUAGCAAUAAGCUUAAAAAGAGAAACAAUAUUAUUUUCUUCCAAGUAUUUUAUCCAGCGUUGCCAUGGUGCCUAACUGCUAGACAUUAAAGUGGGCAUCACUUUAAAAUGUUUUGAAAUGGGAAAAAGUUUACAUAGAAAAUUAUUUUAUAGUCUACAAAGCAUCAACCAGUCUUUUUUUACGUUAAGAUAGUUCUCACACAGAACUGUGAUAAAGGUAAAUGAAUUUAGAUUUGUGGCUGAUCUAGAAAAUAAUUCUGUGGAUUCUGGCGUUCGUCACACUUACGUAUUCUUAAUUAGAAUUUUCUAUUUAAUCUCCGUAACUUUGAAACUGGCAUUAUUAUUAUUUUAGAAAAAUCUGCUGAUUUUAUUCAUUUUUAAGCACUGAAGCAUACAGUUGCACAGUUUGCAUCUGAUUUUAUGUGUGUUGUGUUCUUCUCUGUUGUGAAAUUAGUUGUGCAGUGCAAAUUUAUUUAAAUUUCAUUAUUAAUAAUAACAUUGUGUGAAGCAAACAGUAAACAAGAUGAAAAGACUCCAUACUUUUAAAGCACAUUUAAAGCACAAACAGUAAGAAAGAUGGAAAGGUUGGAAGAAAUAGGAGAUUCACUCAGAAGCUGUAGCAAAAAGUAUCAAAAAGAACUUCCGCUUGUUUCUAAAGAACUAUUUCCCAGUGGCAAAAGACAUCAGCUUUCUGCCUUGUCAUGCAUACCCAAGUCACACUAAUUUUGUUGACAACAUAACCAGGUACUGGCAAGGCGAAUAGAUGGUUAACUUGUGUGGAAUGUGGGUAGCAUUUCUACCGCAAUGAGUGGUAUGCCCUGGAAGCAAGGAAACUUUUGGGAGAAAUGGCAAUCUCUCUUUCUCAUUUCACAAUCCUGUUUCAUUCCUAACCCACAUCUAUAUUUUUCUUCUUAACUACAGAAGGAUGAAAGACUACAGGAUGCCCUGCUUGGCGACAAUGAAUAUCUACAAAAAUUAAGUAUUUUCACAAAGUGCUGGGUUGAGCAACAAGGUAAGCCAUUUAGCUGUCUGAAGAGUGAUUUUCCAGCUCUGUAAUCCUUCCUAUUGUAUUUCAGUUUGAUGUCGGAGCUAGAGACAUCAAAUCUGUAAUGUCAAAUGACACCCUCCCACCUUUUCCUCUCAUACACCCCCCUCCCAGCUCAGGCAGUGGCAGGCCUCUCUGGUGUUUUUAUUUAUUAUUGCAGAAAGAUUUUGCAACCCAACCUGUCUCUGCAACCCUUAGCUGAGUGGAAAGUACCUUAAACUCGACGUCACUAACUUGAAAAGGCAUUAUCUUUUUUGAAGCAGCAAUAAUCAAUUUGAAGCGUCUGGGGGCUGGCUUGGUGAGAGCAACGGUGGCGGUUGAGGAGGAGGGGCAAAAUGCUCGAGGGGUAGGGGAAAAAAAAACCUGGAUGAAAAGGCAUGCUGUUUCAUGGAUGUCUUCCAGAAUUGUGACACACUGUGCGUGUGUGUGUGUGAAGGGAGGGCGGGAGGGAGAGUGAGCGUGUGUGUGUGAGAGAGAAAGGGUGAGAAUGAUCACCAUGACAACUGACCCAGCCAGUCUGUGUACUCUCCCUGCAAUCAUUUUGGCCGAGAUCUGUGCUGUGAAAGGUCAUGAGAAGGAGCUGUGGGAAGCACAGCAGGUAUUAGACUCUGAACGUCGCUCGUUUGUCCAGUGCCUCAGCUAAUAGGGCAAAGCUUUUUUUCUGGUCUGGGAAAUACAAAAAUCGAGAAUGGCGUGGAAGGGGAAGUGCUGCAAGUGUCAGGUAAUGAAAACUUUCCCCUCUUUUUUUUUUGUCUCUGCCUCUUUCUCUUUCUCUCCCUCCCUCCCUCUCUUUUAAUUUUCCUUUUCGUUUCUGGAGCUGCAUGUCAGCGUAUGUUUGGAAUCCCAUUCUCCGAGGAGUGAUGUCAUGCCCUAGCAGUUGGGUUUUGUUAAGCAAAGAGGGAGGAAAUGGUGAAUUUCACCCCACCGCCCGCCCUGAAGAAUAGAUCUUUUUGCCUGUGAAAAGUUGUUGAAUUUUGUACUAGGACUACUACUUUCUCUCUGUGUGAAGUAUUCCAACAUGAGAGAGAGAGAGACUUUCAGGAAAGUUUCUCGAGACCCGCAAAUGGCAGUCGGGUCCACAUCCACCGCAAUGAUGGUGAUUACAUUGAAGGUAAUUCUUUUAUUUUGCUGUUUGGGUUCUUGGCUUCUGAGUGGCUGCUUAAUUUUUCCUGGUGAUGGAUCUGCCUACAUGCACUUAAAUGAAGAAAUAGAUGGAGCAAAAGAAAUCAAGUCUGGGCUUGGGAUUUAAACAAUUAAAAGGAAGGAAGGUUGCCUUAAGACUGCGGCUGCUUUGCUAGCGAGUUCACUUCUCCAGCAGUGUGAGAUUCAGCAGCACCACUCAACUUAGGAGAGGCAUUUUUUUAAAUAUCAACUUGUUGCAGGAGAAGUUGCAUUGUAUGCAUGUUGCAGAUAUAGGGUUUUAAAUAAAGGUGGUUAAAUAGAAACAAUGGUUAAACAUUGUUAAGGAAACUAUGCUGUUUUAAAUGUGCAUUCCAGAAAAAUCAAGUAAAGUUUCUUUAUUAUUUAUCAAACCUGCUCUGGUCUUUUUAAUGAGGGCACUUCCUUUGAAUUCUUGGUUAUUUCUGGGCUCCGUGCAUUUAAAACACCUUUUAUGGUAAAUUCCAACUGGGUGCAGAUGUAGGCAGAGGCAAAAACAAAACAAAACCCACAACCCUCCCCCCAAAAACAUUUCAUUUUAGAUGUGCAAGUAAAGGCUUCAAUGAAAUGCCUCAAACUGUGCUUUAUAACUGGUGCCUUUGGUGGAAAAUAUUUUAAUGCCUGUCUAAUAAAAUCAAGUGUUGUGAAAACUCAGCUAAUACAUGACCAAAAUAUACUGGAUUGAUGAUGAGAAUCAGAGAGUUUUACUACUAUUCAUUCUAGGGAGUUCAGCUAAGGUCAGGAUCCCAGUGUUCAGCUUCUAGACAGUGUAUAAAAAUGACCACUAGAAGGGCCUUAGCUAGUUACAGAACAUCUGCAGAAGGUUCUUGUCUGAAACCUUGGAGAGAGACACUGUCUGUGUAGACAACACUGAGCUAGAUAGACCAAUGAUCUGAAUCAGUAUAAGAUACUUUCUUGCGUUCCUCUGACCUAUUCCCCGGAUUUCUUCUCUUCUGCAAUUUCUCUUGGGAAGUAUGAACUUUCUGUCAGUGAAACACUGAAAGGGUUGGAUCCCUGGUCUACUAAGCCCUUCCCCUUUUACAUUUGCAGAGGUGGGUCAUUGAAAAUAUCAAGUUAAUCCAAAUGUAAUACAUUCAGCAGUCAACAUCCAGCAGGAUAGGCAGAAACAUGCUGGUUUCAGGCUGCAAAUGUUCCAUAUACAGAAUGUGGGGCCGGGGUGAAUUUUUGAUAACUGAAGCUCUGAUAAUAUGGAAUUUGGGUGGGUUAGUCAGGGUAUAGGACAGUAUUGCUGGAGGUCAAAUGAUAAAUCCUGUUCACAGAUUUUAGGGUCUGCUCACUAGGAUGUCUUCUAUGGAUCUCAGGCCUUUGUUAGCCACGGUUGCAGUUUUUGACUGGGAGACUAGGUCACAAGCUUUUAGCUCUCUUCCCGAGUUUCUCAAACAGAGUGUCUUUUGUGUUCCAUUACACAAUGAAAGACACUUCUGAUUGGCUUCAGUGCGCCUGCUAGCAUGGUUCAGACAUGCUGCUGAUGGCUUGUUUCCUCUUUGUGCUGGGUAUGACUACAAGAAGGAAAACAUGGACAGAGUGAAAAUAACAAAGAUACUGCAGAAGAAGGAUAGUAUUUGUCUCCCGCUUUUUCCUUUUUUUAAAUUACAGCUAUUCCCUGCAUGCUUUAAAACAUCUUUCAGGAAAGUUAAGAACAAAACCUCAGGUUUCCUUAUCGGAUCAGUCCAGAGUUAAAUUCAGGAGACAGGAACAAAGUGUUACCAUAUGUAAUUGCGCUGUGAUAUUUACACAGUAGUUUAUCAUUGCCUAGGGUAAGGCUGUGUCCUGUUGCACUACAUUUAGUUAUUUUCUCCUCAAAGAUAAAUAGCUUCUUUUUCUCUUCAAAAAUAUAAAAUCAGAGCUUUAAUUAACUGAUACUGCAGGUUUUGAUGUCAGUGUUUGGGAGUUGUAGGCUGCAUGACAAGGAAGAGCAAGGAAAUAAAAGUCUUCCUCAUGAGGUGGAAAUGCCCCACAAUCACUUCCUUUUUAGUCUAAUCUUGAAAAUGUAUAGAUUUAGCGCCACACUCAAACUCCUAUCAAUAUUUUCUAAUGCUUGUGACACGGUACCCCCAGGAGGGUUUCUUUACAGUGAGGAAACAUUGUUAAAUGUGGCUGGUCAUAAUCUUUUGACUGCCCAAAUUGAAAACCCGACUACUCCUGCCUCUUUCAUUGUUCUGAUCCUUCAGCUCUUUAGUAGUGAUGGGGAUGCAGCCUUCCAGAUACUGCUGCCUACAUAUUGUUCUCAUAUGAGAGCAUUUUGGAAGUGUCAGCCCGGGUUGCUUGUUUUUGGGGGGCAGGGGAUCAUGAGUGAUGUAUAUAUGCUUAAUGUGUACAUGCAUAUUGUAUGACGACACAAGAUUUCAACACAACCCUUAUCUUCCCUGCUGGCAUUUGCAGUGCUGACUAUAGAUGACAAAAUUAUUAUUGUUGGCCCCUGUCUGUUUCAAGAGACAGUGUGCCUCCGGGGGUGAAGUAGAGGUAGAUGUAGGGGUACAGGAUUUUGGUCACACUGGGUGCGGAGGCUUGGGGGCACCACGGGGGUUGUGGCAACUAUGGUGUAGAAUGGAAGUUGAGAGGCAGAGGGAUGCCUAAUUUUGGCAUCUCGCAGAGUGUUGCUGAAACUUGAGACCCAAGUUCUGCCACUGGGGGAAGUCAAACCACUGUGUUAGCAGCAUCAAAGUGACCUCCCCAGGGCACAAGCCCAGGCAGCUGUCCAUAGGACAAGACCACUCCCCUCUUGGCCUUCCUGAUGUGGUCUAAAGGAAAGCAGAGCAUUAUGUUUGGCACCAGCUGGGCUGCAGGGGUUGCUUGAAGGAGGCGUAAAAUUAUGGGGUAGCAUGUUUUGGAUAGCUUUCCUAAUUUAGACUGUGUAGUUGGGGUGUCUGACAUAUCUUUUCAUUAAAGUUCUAUAACCAUACAGAAUUUUUUUUACUGUAUUAAACUAGAAUAAGCAUGGAAGAUGGAAAUCAAUCAAUCAAUAAACAAAGGCCACCAAUGUAGACAGGAUGCUGGUGGAGCAGGCUGGAACUGAAUUGCUAAGAAAAUUGGUUUUUGUUGGACUCCACAGGUGCACUGCCAUUUACUCAUAAAGGAGCCAAUUGACACCAAUAUUAAGGUUUCAUUGGUUGAUGAUCCAAUGCAGAAUUAGCCUUACUUAAAAAAUCCACUGAAACCUGUAAGCUAAGGUCCACAGUGCAACAAACUACAUCAGAUGCAAGGAUGCAGUUGUUUGUGUCUGCUUUUGAGUCAUCCAAAUUUGUUUUACGAAAUGCUUUCCCUCAGUUUUUGGCAUGAUUUACCUCCUUUACUCCUUGUCUGUCUUUGUUAUGUGUAGUUUGUAUAAUCACAGACUGUAUGAUUGUAGUCCAUGGAUUAGCCUCUUAAAGAUGUUUAGGUAUGGAAAAUCCUUCCUCAGUGCAGUGGUUUGGACUGGACAUCCUAUCUAUUUAUGUGAUUUUCUGUUUGAGGGAAUAGUAUUUCCUGCAUUGGAUUUCUUGCAGUUCCCACAGCUUAUCUAGGAAAAUAGCACGAAGCAGAAUUUUAAUAUUUCUUCAAUAUAAUUUCCAUAUGCCCAUUCAAAGUGAGCUCAUACUAAAUGCAGUUUACAUCUGUAUGUAUAACCUUACCAGUGGGAAAUCGAAACCACUACUAAAUCAUAAUAUUUUUUACAGCCACAUCAAAAAUAAAAAUGUACCUGUUAGGUAAUGUACAGACACCCACUUUGUAAAUAAAAGUAAAAUGUGAGUAGAUCCAGGCCUUGUACUAUAGAUUCACUGUCUAGGAAUUAAAUAGCAUUUGACUCAAGUGCAGUGAGUCAUAUCACUGUCUCAUUUUUAUAUACAAAACAAGUAAUUAAAAUGAAAUGUUGCAACUUAACAGGUAGAAUUCCCCCCCCCCUUUUUGUAUGGUGGUGGUGGUGGUGCAUGUACAGUGGAACCUUGGGUUAUGUACCAUCCUCCUUAUGAACGCUUGAGGUAAUGAGCUCCGCUAACCCGGAAGUAGAUGCUCCUGGUUGUGAACUUUGCCCCGAGAUGCGAGCAGAAGCCGUGUGCCGACGGUGCGGUGGUAGCAGGAGGCCCCAUUAGUGAAAGUGCACCUCAGGUUAAGAACGGUUUCGGGUUAAGAAUGGACCUCUGGAAUGAAUUGUUUGUAACCGGAGGUACCACUGUAUGUAUCACUAGUAUUUAAGAACAGAGACUAUAAUUCCAAGCAUUCUUGCUUAGAAGUAAGUUCCACAGAGAUAAGUUCGACUUACUCUUGAGUAACUAUUGUUGGAUUGGAUUGUAUGCUGGAGCAUGAAGGUUCAAGUAGAGGUUUGCUGGCUGUUUCUGAGGAGCGAGUAAAAGGAGCGCUGGCCUUCACCUUCCCUACUGUGACUAGCUUUGCCAGGAGUGGGAAGCUAUUUUCAUCCCAAGGGCCACUUUUCCUCAUGAUCAACCUCCUGGGAACCAGAGGUGGGCGGAGCCAAAGGCAAAAGUGGGAAAACAAUAGAUGCACCUUUGUGCAGUGAGCUACAUUCCCGCUACAUUCCAGUCAUAUAAAACACAGAGCUUUCCACACACACUCCAUCUCUCCAUCCACAGUUCGGGGGCAGAUUCCAGCCAGGCAAAAGCAUAGGGGUAGGACUGGGGACUGAUGUAGCUUGGAAGGGAAGCCUGUAUUGGGCAGAGAACCCUGCGUUUGGACUGCAUCUGGCCCCUAGGCUUCAGGUUCCUCACCUCUGAGCCAACAAGAGUACAUUAAGCAGGGGGUUACCCAAAGUUCUUUCCUCCCCUUAUUGUUUAAAAGGCCAUGUUCAAUGGCAGAAUUGUUGCACUCUUUGGGUUGGGCAAACAAAGUAGUUGAACAUUUGUAGGUGCCUCCUGGUCCAGACUGAAGCUAUAGGAACAUACAUAGUGUCAAGAGCAAACCAGGGCUCAUGUAACAAGUCCAUCCUAGUGGGAGAAUGGGUACUUCGAAAUUAAGGUGUAUGGGAGAGAGUGUAAAGGAGACUCCUCUUUGUCAGCAAUCCUGGUCAGCCACCACUUUUCCAUACACAAGGAGCAGUAUUAGCAGGAAUCCCUUGCCUCUCUGUAGCUUUUGCCUUGUUCCUUUGGUGAACUUGUGACACCGUUUGCUGCGAUAGAAAGCAGGCUUUUGGAACAGGCACCGAACAGAGCCAGGCCUGGCAUUUUUCUCACACAUUUGCUACAAAUUACCUGUAGGUCUCCUGCAUGGAUUUUAAACAUUUUAAUAUUUUCUUAAAAUGGAGGAUUUAAAUUAAAGGCAAAUCCUAGUGCACUGGAAACUGAAGAGCUAGUAAGUUUGGCUGUCACUAGCUACGGAGCAUGCCAGCAGGUUGUAAAAUGUCCUAUUUAAUGAGUAUUAUAAAUGAAUGUUGGCUGUGGCCGUGGUUGUCACCCAGGUAGUUGUAAGAGAACCUGGUUGGUGGUGGCACCGGCGAGGCGUUUGGCAGUUUUGCAACAGGUCAGCUUGGGUAGUAAUUUGCACAAAGAGAUUUUGCUUAACAGAAAAAGCCACUGUUGUCCUCUCACAGCAUCAAGAAUGCAGCUUACACCCCCGUCUUCCCCAAGUCCCUAAAACAGAUAUUUACAAGAGUGAUCUGGGGCACAUUUGUGGAUGAGGGAGCUUUGUGGAGGGUGCUGCACCAACUUUCAAGAAAAAGGGAAGCCUGCAGAUUCGGACUACUUGUCUUGUGGUAUGCUUUGGAGCUUAGUUGCUCUGAACUUGAGCUUUUGUACUUUCUAUUACUAUGGAUUAAUGCUUAGAGCAAACACCAAUGGCUCCUUCCAUUCAUGCUCAUAAGAUGGCACAAACAACUAGAAAAUGUUAAGUGGGGCCCACAGUGGAGACCUAUUAUAUUUUUUCAGACAUGUAACGCUCUUGUUUGAAUCACUUCACAGGCACCUGAGCAGGCGUGAUUUGGAGAACUAUACACUGAAAAUGAUCCACUUGGUAUAUUGCAAAAUAGCCUUAAGGUUACCUUUUCUUUUAGGGGAUUCUCUUAAACUCUUAGAAACAGUGGCAUAUUUCAGCAAAGUAAACAUACAAGACAUGUACUAACAGCUGUUUCCUUAACGUGCUUCUAUAUGGACACCCAAUCAGAUUGUAAAUAGUGUCAGUUCCCACCUGUGUUCGGAUAGCGUUGCUUCUGCUACAGGUUUCAACAGGAGGAAUAGAAAAGCCAUGUGUAUUUAUCCAAAAAACCCUCUAGAUGUGCCAUCUAUCCUUAAGAUCCACGCAGAGAGAUGUAUUACUGCCUGGAAAAUAGUUUCCAUAUUCCAUUAUUUAGUUAUCAGACACUUCUUUGUCACUAUGAACCAUGCUCAUUCAUGUGUGCAUAUAUAUAAGAUAUCCUACCAAGCUGGACUAUUAUUACAGUGAUUGACCUUGGCCGGAUCCUGGGCAUCUCUCAUUACUUGAUGGCUAUAUACUAUAUGAUGCCUUAGAACACCAGUCCGUGGGGAACAAGAGGCUAUUGUUAAAGUCUUGUUUGUACUCAGAAGCAUCUGGUUGGCCACUGUAGGAAGCAGGAUGCUGAAACAGGUACGUUUUUGGACUGAUCCUGCAGAACUCUUCUUAUGUUCAGGGAUACCUGUCUCCCACUCUCGUUACAUUUUAUGUGCUCUCCAUAGCAAACACCAGUGGAAUAUGGGUAUUUACCAGCUCUGCUGCCAUUAGAAUCAAAUUAAAGCAGCCUCUUGAUAGUCUGAAGGAAUUCCUUCAUUCAGGAUGCCCUGCUGCUGCUGCUCCCACUACCUGCAGUUACGAUCACAGUAGCAAAUGUGCCAGUUUGAAGUAUAUAUUCUAUGGCUUUCAAGUGCUUCAGUGUAUAUAUUAUUAUUAUUAUUAUUAUUAUUAUUAUUAUUACAACUACUACUACUACUAUUUAUUUAUUGCAUUUAUAUUCCACCUUUUUCUCUAAUGAGCUCAAGGUGGUGUACAUGGCUGUCCUCCUUCUCAUUUAUUCUCCAUAACAACCCUGUGAGGUAGACUAGGCUGAGAGGCAGUGUCUGGCCCAAGGCCACCUAGGUAGUUUUGUAGCUGAGUGAAGAUUUGAACCCUGGUCUGCCAGAUCCUAGUUCAACACUCUAACCACCACACCAUCUUGCCUCUCAUUUAUUAACCAUCCUUCACCAGCUGGUCCCAGGACGGCUGGCAGCAUUUUAAAAUUCAGUAUUAAAAACAGCAAAAGCAAAUUACAAUCACAAGAAUAGGGCGGGAUCUUGAAAACACACAACUCAGGUGUCAGAGGCCAGGUUAAAGAGUAUAGGGCAGUUUUCAGCUAGCCUGCAGCUAAUACAGAACCCACCUGUAGACCUGUGCAUAUACAGUCACUGCUGCUCUCAUUUCUGGCCUUCGCCCUAUGCUCACUUAUGAGAGCCUCUGAAAGAAUCAAAGACAGAAUGCAGCUGUGUGGAUCUUUCCCACAGUUUGUUAGAGGAGAUGUCUGUUUUAUUCCAGCGAAACAUCUAUUCUUGAGAAUGAGAGCUUUUUCUGAAACAAAAGUGGAUAAAGACAUUAAGCUUUGGCUCAGUGACAUUGGAACUCCUUUCAGGGCUUACAGCUUUCUGAUUUGGGGCUAUAAUCCUGCACACAUUGAUUUGGAAGAAAGUGCCAUGGAAGGCAACAGGAUUUGCUUCUGAGUAAACAUGCAUAGGAUUAGGCUAUACAGUUAAUUGGCUUCUAUAUAUGUAAAAACAAAACCAGAAAUAUCUCUCCUGCUUCCUACUGUAUCUACCUAUUUGGCUGCAUGUGCAGAAUUGGAUGUUUCCAAAUGCUGCGCUUGUUAAUGUUGUUGUCCACAUUUUAAAAACACUCUUCGUCUGUUUGGAUCCCAGGGUGGUUUACAAAACAACCAAAUAGAUAUACACAUAUGACAAAGCUCCAGAUCCCCUGAUGAAAUCCUCCAGUUACUUCAUGCUAAAAUUAAAAAAAAGCACGUGAAACAAUAUGGAACACUGCGAGACCCCACAGUACAUGUACCAAGUUCCUGAGCUACUCCCAGUGCUACUUGAUGGUAGUGCAGGAGAAGACAGGAGUGAAACCACUGUAGCACAGAGUUCCCCAGCUCCCAAUCUGCAGAACUGCUCCUGGAAGAUACCAUGGUCAAUGGCAUCAAAAGCCGCUGAGAGGUCUAGAAAAAUUAAGAGGGUUGCACUUCCCUCCACCCCCACCUCUCUCCUCCUAUGAGUUAUCAGAGUGACUAAACUUGUUUCAUUGCCAAAUCUCAGCCUGAAGCCAGAUUGAAAUGCGUCUAGAUAAUUCAUUUCCUUCCAGGCACAUCUGCUCCCGGCCAGUUACCACUCACUCACUUACCUUGCCCAAGAAUGGGAUAUUAGUGAUUGGGCAGUAGUUGUCAAAUACCUCCACAAUUUGACUUCUCCACAAGCUCUCAGACUGCUUGCCCGCUUCAAAUUUUUAAAACUUUGCUCACCAUUUCAAACUUACUCUGCCCUCCAUGAUGCUUGUACAACCAAAUGUCUGAAUAGCAGAUUUGACGUGAUUUGUGGUAUAUAUACCACUGCUGUAUGUGCAAAUCAGGGCAAUGAGAUAUUGAAGAUUAUUUCAGUAUGAUUACUGAUUCCUUGUCCCCAUCAGCCUUAUUCUGUUGCCUGGAAAAGGAGCUCACCCAGUUACUUUAAGCCAGCCUUUGGCAUUCUAGUACCCUGCAGUGGUUUGUUUCCCAUCAGCCCCAGCCAUCAGAGACUGACCUAGGCACUGGACUGAAGAGCAGGAACAGAGGAUGCUCUUCCUACAACUACGGCAUUUCCAUGCUGGGUCUCAGAGAUUGCUUCCAUGCUAUAGCCUGUGACGUUACCAUAUAUGAGAGAGUGCUGGAGGGGAAAUAGUUAAAUAGGUUGCACCGACAGGGCCCAGGGGGGUGGAGUCCGUGGGUCUAUAAAGGAGUUCUGAGAGGAGUUCUGGGAGUGAGUUUGUUGGGAGUUGUGGGUGGGUGGUUGGUUGGUUUGAGUGAGUGGGUUGGCUGGUUGGGAAAGGCAGUUGGUAAUAGAGGGACAGUUAGGGCAGUUGGUCCUUGAGUGUGGGGUGGUAGCAGAGAUAGAGAGAGGAACAUAAGACUAAGAAAGUAAAGAGGAACACUGUUUGGAAUGCUGUAAUAGUUUUGUUUUAAGUCUGAAAUAAAAUACACUCUUCUUUAUGAAUUGGAAAGCUGACUGAGACCGAAGUGAUUUUACCAGGGAGGACCUGGUUGGUGGCAGCGGAUUAGUGGUGUACGGGUCAAUAGUCCGUGAGACGACCGGGGGCUCCGUACUAACGCCACAUAGCCCUUUAACACUGCUGAUGUGUUGCUUUCCCAGAAUUAGCUGAGAAUCAAAUGGAGCUUCCACAUAGCACUUAAUAUAUCGCCAUGUUUUCCAGCAGUUGUCUUUCUCAUCGCCAAGGGCCCUCUGCAAUGUUUACUCACGAGCAAGUCCUGUUUGGUACUUUCCAAUGUUAUAAAAAAAAAAAAUAUUCUGACCAUUCUAUUGCCUUCUGUUGAGUCUGGCUGGGGGAUUAGUGACAAAUUGAACUUUAAUUGCCUUGUGAAUGGCCUUUCUUAAUUGUCUUUCUGGCGUAGCACCAAUAAUACCACAGCUCUGAAAAUUCUCCGGUUUGCUAAUGAACUUUCCCUUGAGACUUAUCAGAUUCCUGACCCUGAUUGAGUUGUGUCAAAUGGACCUGCACAUUCAACCUGAUGCUUUUGUCUUUGGACUCCAGAGUUUCCCUACACAGGGUUGUGUAUGUCCCUUAAAUCACCCUGAGCCUAAAGGCUGGGCAGAUGUCCUGAGCUUGCACAGAUGGACUCUUCCUUGUGGAUAGGACUAGUACGAAGUAAGAAGAGCCAGCCUAAUGUAACAACAGGCUUAUACUUCUUAUACUUUUAGGCAACACCAAGGCCACAGAUAAUAACAAUGUGAGACAAUAAAAAUAGAAGAUCAUUCGGGGAACAGAACCGCUAGUAACCUGUUCUAAUUUCUGGUUGCUAGUUUAUAAAAUCAGCACAUUCUUCUUCUUCACUCCCAUCUACUAAAAUACCACUCAGAGAAGUUAAUACAAACUUCAGUGCUGUGACUGGCCUUUCUUAUUUGCUACACUCUCCUGUUUGUUUUCUGCUAGAAUACAUUAAGAACUAUAACCCCUGCUGGUUUUAAUUUACUGCUAAUUGACUUGGAUGGGCAGUAGAAAACUAAUGCAAAUACUGUUAUGGGGUUGCACUGACAUUUCUUGGGGAUUUACAACCAUCUGGAAGAAACGGAUUUGUGGAAUUGAAGCCAAGGGCAUGCAAGAUCCUACACCAAAGGCCCUCAGUUCUUGAAAGCUUCAGUCUUCCUGAGCCAAGAGGAAGAGCUGUUGUUUAUAAUCCCUUUUAUAGGCUUGCCCAGAUUACCUGUUCAAAGUGUUCUCCUGUGAGCCUCUGCUCAAAGGGAAUUGUGCAAUAUCCAGUCCACAUAUAGAGCUCUUUCUUUUCUCCAGCUUUUAAAGGGCAAUGCACACACAAAACACAAUUGGGAAACACUCAUCCUCCACACAGGGCAUGCCAGGGAGUUGAAUCCGCUAAAUCUCAAGGAAAACUUGGAGAAUCCGCUAUCACUUCAGUUUAAAUCUCAUGGUCAAAUCUGAAGUAUGCUCAGUGUGUGUGUGUGUGUGUGUGUGUGUGUGUAAGAGUGAGAAAUUACCAGUUGGUCUCACCAUACUUUCUCUUCCAGUUAAUUAGUUGCAUCUCAAUUUUUGGAGAUUGAGCACUGGAUCAUGACAAAGUAUAUGCAUACAGAUAGCAGUUAUGCCACGCAUCAUAGUCACUGUGCAAUAGGUUCCAAUACAGUGGUACCUCGGGUUACAUACGCUUCAGGUUACAGACUCCGCUAACCCAGAAAUAGUACCUCGGGUUAAGAACUUUGCUUCAGGGUGAGAACAGAAAUUGUGCUCUGGCGGCACAGCAGCAGUGGGAGGCCCCUUUAUCUAAAGUGGUGCUUCAGGUUAAGAACAGUUUCAGGUUAAGAACGGACCUCCGGAACGAAUUAAGUACUUAACCCGAGGUAUCACUGUAAUUGACAUUCAGUCACAUUUCAAACAGCUUUCUGAAUCUCACAGCCUUGCUGCAAGGAGAAGUAAUUGAACUUCCUCAGCAAUUCCUCAGCAAUGCAAUUACUGUGGGGAAUGCAACAUAUUUGAAACAGAAGGUCAUGCAGUAGAGGUGCUUGAUAAAAUCUGCAUACAUAAAUGUCUUGUGAAUCUGUGGCUGCCAAAGCAUCAAGUGUCCCAAGUGAAAGAAGCUCCAGAUUCUACUUUUGGUGUCACCACAUCACUAGUAACUUGUUCUGAGAAACAUGUGGCAGACUACCUUAUAAAUAUAGUCUGUCCUUUGUGUGUGCGUGCACACUCUGCUUUACAACAAUGCUUAGACUGUAAAAACAACAGUCUUGUGGCAACUGAAAGUCUUAACACAUUGAUUAUGGUAUUAACUUUCAUGAACUAGAGUUCAUUUCAUCAUUCCAUCAUUCUGCCUGGACACUGAGGUCCAGCGCUGAGGGCCCUCUGGCGGUUCCCUCGCUGCGAGAAGCCAAGUUACAGGGAACCAGGCAGAGGGCCUUCUUCGUAGUGACACCCACCCUGUGCAACGCCCUCCCACCAGAUGUCAAAGAGAACAACAACUACCAGACUUUUAGAAGACACCUGAAGGCAGCCCUGUUUAGGGAAGCUUUUAAUGUUUGAUGGACUACUGUAUUUUAAUAUUUUGUUGGAAGCCGCCCAGAGUGGCUGGGGAAACCCAGCCAGAUGGGCGGGGUAUAAAUAAUAAAUUAUUAUUAUUUUUAUAAAUAUGCAAUCCAAGUCUUUAUCAGCCGGUGUUCUUCUGCUGAUGUUCUGACUCAUAAUUUGCUAUGUCUUACCUUUCAGCACCACAGUUUAGAAAUCAGGUGCUGGUAGAUUGAGCAGUUCCAGAAUGACAUAGUCUACUGUGGCAAAAGUCUGCUUAGAGCUCAGUGUAAGGAGAGCCCUGCUGGAUCAGACCAAACAUCCAGCUACUCCAGCAUCUCAUUCUCAAAAGUCAGAUGUACCUGAGCCUAAAAGUAGGGCGUGGGGGCACUGGGAAGAGGGUGAUCUUGGGCUGCAUCAGAGAAAUUGUUGGUAAAAACAAAUAUUCAAGAUUUAAGAGCGAGAAGGAGGGAUAGCAGAACUGAAACCAGGACCCAGGACUCUCUGCUUUUCUAGCUUUCUUUUCCUGCAUGGUUCACUGGAGGAAGCCUCUGCAGAGUCAGGGUGCCCUAGUUCAAAAGCUGCACACCUCACACCAUUGUGCUUCCAUAAAACUGGGAGUGUAGAAUGCGGUCUUUUGUUAUUUUUGCCUGAGGUUUACAUUUUGCCAGGUGAUUUCAGGUGGCUGCGACCAACCAGGAUUGACGCAGGCUCUUCUUACAAUGCGCCCAGACUACUGUUUGCAGUUAGUACUGGCCACUUGUUUCAGAUAAAGAAGCAAUGUGUUAUCUAAUUUGUUGAGAAAAUUUUCUUUGCCACUGCCAGAGUUGGAAGGGGCUUGAGAAUACCUAGUGGCAUUAAUUCUAUAGUCAGCCUUGGUGUGGAGUGCUUCACAUUCUUUCACCAUCCUCCUUGUUGAAUAGUGGGUAGACAUAGCAGACGACACAGCAAUUUCUCCAAAGCAGCUCUUUAUUUGUAAGGUGGAACAGAACUGAACAGCAAACAGCUCAGCCAGCCUGCUUUUAUAGGCAGCCGGCUGUCAGCAUUGUAGCAACAACAACCCAGGGUUUCCCUACUAAAAUAACUGACGUGGACCUGAGUGAAAACUACAUACACAAUACCCCUGGUGGCCAGGGUGAGAACUUCAAUACAUAACACUUCUAACAACCCAGUGUUUCAGAUUCCUGUUUUACAGAUGGGAAACAGGUGCUGAGAGGAGUGAUUUAUUCAGUGACAUCUAAGGAUUUCAAAGUUCAGCAGGAAUUAGAACCAGGACUUCUAGGUCGAAAUGAAUGGGUUAAAAUAAUAGUUCAGGGUUUACCAGAGCAUAGCACUGGCAUCUCUUUUCACUGCCAAGGCUCACCUGUGGAACAUAAAAAAUAAGAAUCAUCAGAAGGGCUUCUGCAGAGGUGGAGAGUGCUUGUUUCUCACCACUGAGUGACCACAGAAGGGCCAAGCAUACCAGGAAUCAAGAUGGUGGUGGUCUUCAAGGUUAGAGGAUGCUAUUUCCAGACAGACUUGAGGCCUGCCGUAUACCUGUCCCCUGAAAUAAGUACUGACUUAGUUGCAUAUACGUCACUCAUUGACCUACCUUGAUGACUUCCAUAUGAAUGUGAGAAUUGCUUUCAUUGAAAAAUAUCCAGCUGUUGUUGAGUCUCCCAAGUCCCAUCAGCCCCAUAGCCAGCAUGGACAAUGGUCUGCGGUGAUGGGAGCAGUAGUUCAACAAUAACUGCAUGGCUAUAUAGGUCCUGCACUCCUAGUAUGGCGCUCCAGUUUUGUGCUAUGAGGAGCAUAGAAAGCCCUGGAUGAAUCCACGCAUGUGUGUUUAUCUAGAGUGAUAAAUUACUUAAUGGUGAAGAAAUAUAUGUAUAAAGCCUGAGAUGAGAUUCUAUAUUUCUUUAUGUUGGUAUAAAGUAAACUAAAUGAAUUUGAUUUGUUCUCUUUUACAAUUCAGGGUUUAUUGUGGUUUGAAACAAAAGUAUAUUUGCUUGCAAUAAUUUUAGGCCUUCCUUAGAUACUCAUAUUGUCAUCACCUCAUGCCUGCAUGUAUUAUGAAGGCUGUUUUGUAUUGGCAGCCAUUCCAUAACCCAUGCUAGGCCUUCUGUUUCAGCUUUUAUACAUAGCAAUGAAAUGUUUUAAGAAUCACGUUGGAAAGUUAUGAGGCAGUGAAAAAUCAGUAUCAAAAACAUAUGCUGAGAUGUUGAAAGCCCAACAUGAGGGUGUUGGAUGAUAGUUCCCAUUAAUUUUAAUCAAACAUCCAGAUAUCUUUUAAUAGAAUUGAAAGACAAAGCCAGAAUAUUCUAAAAAUAGUUCACUGUAUCCACGUCUGUUUUAAACAAGGAACCUGAAAUAUUUUUCAAAUUUUGUAGCUUAAAUCAAAUAUUUGCUGAGCAGGAAAAUUUUUAGAAUGGGAUAUCCAGCACAUUUGUACAGUCAGUGUGAUACAAACUUUUUAUCUGUUGCUAUCCCACCUGUCUUUACAAGAGUCCAAAGUAGAUUACUCCCUAAUAAAAACCAUAUUACAUUUAAAGACAAUUACAGAUAAUUAACCUAGAAAGAGCAAAAACAGAACCAGGACAGUGAUGGUUGAAAACCAACCUCAAGUAGCAGCAACAAAUGUCUGGGAAAGGAAGUUCUUUACUUUCUUCCUAAAAAAUUUUGGUGGUUGUGAGAGUGGAAGGGAGAAAUCACCCCAAAUCAGACUGAGCGAUCUUGGUCUAGUCGUACUCCUACUGGUGCAAGAUGUCUCAUCUCCCCCCAUUUUAAGGUUACUCUUACAGCACAGUCCACAUUAUUUUGGGCCCUCACCAGCCCUCUGAAGCGUUGUUGUUUUUCUCCUUUGUAAAGGGGGAGAUGGGGAAAAGAAAGAUCAGUUGUGUAGUCUGACAUCUGCUCACACAACUAAUAGAUUCAACCUAUUGACACAAGGGAGGGAGUUCCAUAACUGUGGUUCCACUAUCAGAAUGCCCUAUAGCAGGCAUGGCCAAACUUGGCCCUCCAGAUGUUUUGGGACUACAAUUCCCAUCAUCCCUGACCACUGGUCCUGUUAGCUAGGGAUGAUGGGAGUUGUAGUCCCAAAACAUCUGGAGGGCCAAGUUUGGCCAUGCCUGCCCUAUAGCGUCUGCUCAUCAGCUGAAACUCAGCUGCAGGUGGCAUGCAGAAAACACAAUUUACUAGUAAUAGAGGGAGGUUCCCUGGAGCAAAUGGUUAGGCUCAAUGUCCCAGUCAGUUAAUUAAUUACAUCUGGCUCCAUGUUUUAUAACUUGAUUUAUAACUGGUUUUAUUUGCUUUUUUUGUCCAUGGUCAGUUGGAUUUCUUUUCACAAACAAUUCCAGUUAAGGGAGAUCUGAUAAUUGCCAAAGCAAAAUAUUCAUUCCAAGAUUGAAAUGUGCAACAUUUUCAUAAAAUUGCGGUCCCCUUGUUGGACACAUGGUUCCAGUUCAUUCCAGACAUCCAUCUUUCCAUGGAAUAAUUUAUGAAUGGAAAGAUAGCUGUGUGAUUCUGUAUACUAUAUAUAGUAUUCAGUUUGCUAUCCAGACUGCUGUUUCACAUAUGAACAAAAGAUAUAUAUUUAUUAUCCAAAUCAAUCCCAGAAGUGGAUAGGAACACAACAUAGCAGGAUAAACCUGUCGCACUGUGGCUAGCGUGCUGAUUUCUGAAUGACACCAACAUAAAAUUACUGAUGGGUAAGGCUACAGAUGGAACAAGUGUUGCUUUGAACUUUUAGAAAAGUAAUAUUAAAAAGUUGUUGCAGACAUGCCUGACUGCAAAGAAAAAAAAUUCUAUCAAUUUCAUACUCAUUCUUAUUUAGCCUUCCUUCUUUAGUUUCCUGCAAUGUUCAUUAAUAAAGAGUGCUGAAUCAGGAGCCUGGCCAACUGCUGUGUGGUUGUGCCCCCAAGAUGGUAGUAAGGCUUUCUAAAGCCAUGUUUGGGGAUGGGGCUGGGCUUACAGUCUCUUCUCGUUUUGACUAAUGGCUUUUCAGCGUUGGUUCACACUUUUUCUUUUUUGAGUUCUCAGCACUCAAAAGCAACAUUCCUGCACAGCUUACUUAGUGAGAACUGCUAGUACGAUCCCAGCGAGAAGCUGAUACCUGAUACCUUCCCCACUCCCUUCAUUCUAGCUUUUGAAUUCGGGAGCAGAAAUAAUUAUUCUGACACCCUGAUAAAGUUGCCAGAAGAGGGUUUCUGCCAAAGAGUUAGCUGAGAAGUGCCAGAGAGUAUUUCCUCCUUUAGUGACAACAGGGGAACAUACAGUAAAUGUUAAGAAAACAUUCUCUGCUUUCAGUGAUGCUUGCAGAAAUGAAUUGAAGCCAGCAUGCAAAAGUUGCAUGGGAACAAGGUGAAGCACCUGGAAUUCAGACCUCUCAAGACUCAUGGGACUGUAUCCAGCUGAGUCAGAUCAUUGAAACUAAUGACCCUAAUGUCCAUUAACUUCAGUGGAUCUACUCUGAAUAGCAUCCAUGGUUUCUUCGCUGUUUGUGUUGCAAAGCAGAGGAUUCCCUGGGGGAAAAAGCUGGUCAGUAGGAGUAAGGAGAAAAAGUUCCCAGGAAGAGGCCUAUGUGAGCCUAUUUUCACUCAUGUUACCCUUCCCCAACAUGGUGCCAUCCAGAUGUUUUAGACUCUCAUCAGCCCCAGGCGCCUGUUUGGGGGGGAAACUGACUUAUAUGUUGAGAGCCCCAUUUCCAAAAUACUGAUAAACUACAGUGUGACCAGGAUGUAGUUAUACAGACAGGAGCCGAAUUGGCACCCAGGGGCUGGUGUUACUGAGUGUGAGGAGUGUGUGGUUUUGACUCAUAAAAGCCUUAUGUGGCUCAGGACCACAAUACCUUAAGGACCGCUUCUUCUUCUUCUUCUUCUUCUUCUUCUUCUUCUUCUUCUUCUUCUUCUUCUUCUAUUUAUCUAAUUUCUAUACCGCCCUAUACCCAAAGGUAUCAGGGUGGUUCUUCGCAUAUGAACCAACCCACACCCUGGGAUUGUCAUCUGAGGCCCUUCUUUGAGUGGCCCAUUCACAGAAGGUCUGCAGGGUGGCAGCAUGAGGACAGGGCUUUUCAGUGGUGGCUCCCUGUUUGUGGAAUGCUCACCCCAAGGAGGCUUGCCUGGCAUCAUCAUUAUAUAACUUUAAGUGCCGGGCAAAAACUUUAUAACCAGGCCUUUGGCAUUUUGCAACUAUGUGUGGCCUUUUAGAAGUGGGUGGGGUGUUUUUAAUGUAUCCCCCCCCGUCUUAAUGUAUCUAUGUUUUGUUGCUUGGUUCUUAAGUCACUUUAAGAUCCAGCUAUGUCAUAGCUGUGACACCCUGCAGAGCCUCUUGCACUGUCUGAAAUCCACCUUUGAUUGUACAUUGAUUUUAGAGGCUAUGUGGCACAGGACCAGGUGCAGAGAAGAACUCACAAGGACCAUUUUUUAAAGCCUGAGAACCUGAAUUACAGAAGGUGGAAUGACAUAGAUCCUUUCCUGUUCUUUGAUGAGGCUGUGUAGAAUCUACAGUGUGGAAGGAUCGCCAGGAAUUUCUCAUUGGCUCUCACUUUCCCACUGUGGGUUAUAGGCAUUAGCCAAAGGCACCCCAGAGCUCAGAAGGAAACAUUCUGCUUUAUAAUACAUUCUGCCUAGCCAAGCAUAUUAUACAAGCCCAUUUAUUUUCCCACUAUUCCAGAGCAGUGUUUGCGUUUCCUCUGAACUGCACUGCUGGAGGGCCCACACUCCUGGUGCAGCAGGGUGGGCAGUGUCACUCUGUGGAUUGGAUUUCUCAAGGCCGCUGCUUAGUAAUGUGGGGUUUCACAUUCCCUCUUGUUUUCUUUUUGCAAAAUAUAUUGAUGUUGGCUUGGGCAGAAAAAAACAACCCAUGCCAUGUUUUCUGGAAAUCUGACUUCUCUUUUGUCCAUGCAUAUAUGGAGUCUGUUUUGGCAGACAGAAGGCCUAGUUCCCAACCCACGCAACACAUCUCAGUUCACACAUUACUUUCUUGAGCUACAAAGUGCUAAAUGUUUUGGGGGCCACAAUAAAUGUCCACAGAAUCUAUCAACUCAGCAGCAUGCCUUCUAUAGCAUGAACUGCAGACUGCAGGAACCUUUCAAUGGAUUGCGUGCAUUUUAAAGGCUAAUGCGAGCUUAUCAAAAAGUUGGAAGAAAAAUCUUAUUAUAAAAUGCCCCUUUGGUUGUAUGUCUCUUUUUUUGUUCGUGCUUCCUUUUGUUGUUUAUUAAUCAGGACAUUUGCAUGAAAAGAGUCUCUUUGCUCUUUAAGCACUCAGCCGCUCUGGUUGUUCAGUCUUUUUUUGAAAUCAUAAUCCUGGGUUGUGAUAUCACAAACAAUUGGCCAUUGUGCGAAAUGUCUUUCAUGUCACAGCGAGAGGAUUACGACUCUAGAGGGGAACAAGGAACAGGAGCAGAUGAGCUCUUUGAAAAAUUAGAUACUGUUUUCAUCCAAAUCUACAUGGUGGAAAAUGUAUUAAGGGUUUAUUGGCAAUUGGGUAUACAGGAAGAAGUAUUUCUAUACAGAAUGUGGUUCAAGGCUCACAGUUAGCCCUUUCUUUUGAAGCAAUAAGACUUUCCAGUUGAGCGAUGCCAGAGCGUGGACAUUUAUAUGGGUGAUAUCCAACUAAGUCAUAUUCAAAGUAGACCCACUGGAAUAAAUGGACUUGAGAUGCUUAAGUAAUAUUGGAUGUCACCCAUAUAUUAUUAAAUUCUUUGUGAUUACUGAUAUCAAUCUAACUUUUUAGUCUUGAGACAGGAUAUAGAUUAAGAGACGUCAGCACUUUUUUAAAGAGUAAAGCUUGGUGGAUUUGAUUUAGUGAUCUGUUAAACUUGAUGGAUUAGUUUACAAUGAUUGCAGAAUUACAUGCAAGUACAAUGUUGUACAUAAUCCAAAACAGGAUGGACUUGCAAUGCUUCCAAAAGGGUCUGAAGAGUUAAAGAGAUCCAUAUAUGGCAAGCACUGUGAACGAUCCCUUGCUGUCCAAGGGAAGCAAACAGCAAACAGAUGAAGGCAAGCUCAAGCAGUCUCAGAACUCAUUAAGGAAGGGUACAGUGUUUGGCUACAAAUCUUGGUUGCAGCUCAUGAUGAGCAAGGAGAGUCCUCUGACCCCUGCAAUUCUGACUGGUUUGAGGCUGGGGCAGAAGUUGCUGUGUCAAAUGAGGAGGAGGAAGCAGAGGUUGCUGACGCAGAGGUUGCUGCUGGUAGAGACUUGAAAAGGAGGACAAGCUUAACUCAGCAUAGUGCAAGAGCAGGGAGAAGUACAGAGUUUGAAAGCUCCUCUCUGGGAGCAUGCAUGUUCACCCAGUCCCAAUAAAUAAACCAUGGUUUGGCUUAUUGCAUCAUGGGAAUGCAUAAGUGUGUGUAGCGGGAGUGUGGGAAGCAAACUACCGGUACAUAGAAACCAGAAUGUAUUUAAAUUCUUUCUAUCCUAUCUUACAGUAAAAGCAAACUUCCAAGCGAGGUAAAAACGAUAGUUAAAACAUUUCAUUAAAACAUAUCAACAGGAAAUUAAAUACAGUAAAGCAAUCAGCAGCAAUAUAAGUAAGUGCAUAAAAUAUUAUCUGCUAAAAGUUCAGGAGAGUAAAACUCUUUACCCAACACUGAAAAGCCAGUAAAGUAGGUGCUUUGUUUUGGGUGCCACCACUGAGAAGACUCUUUCUCUGCCUAAACAUUUAUUGUGAGGGCAUAGUUUUGAACCACUAAUUAUAUUUUGUGCCUUGCAGUCAAAUUUUGUCAGCUCUUCUUAAUAAGAAAUAGGAGAUGUGGUUAUUGUAACCUGCUAUUAUUUUAGCGGCAUUUGAGUUACGAGGACAGUGUGGUUCUUAAAUGUGGCAAUUUGGCAACAAAUGUAGGACUGCAUAGCAGCAGAUCAAUAACAUCUCCUUUGCUAGAUGUGUGAAAAUUGGGGUGGGACCCUCAGGCAGACAACGAUGGCUCAGGGAAACAAAUGAUUAAGAGAAGCUAAAAGAGCAAGGUAGGGAUAGCAAAGGAGGUGAAUGGAAGGGAGGCAGCUAGCUGAGAGAGGGGGAGUAUGGAGAGGAAUAGAGUUUAACUUCAGGCCCCCUAGUUCCCUACAAAAGCUGCUGUCUCCAAGAGGCUGCUGUUCAAGGAGACAUUUAACAUCAGGACUAGGCCCCGCUGAGGCAAUAUGCCAUCUGCCUGAGUGGCUGCAGCUGCUCAGGACACUCCCCAAACCAGCACACCAUGCAGUGCUGGGGAAGGUAGGGUAUAAGGUACACCUGCUGGAGAUAGCAGGCUGUGCGGCCUCUGGGGGCAGCCUCCCAAGGGAAUUGCCUCUUUGAGUCAUGUCUUUGGGGUGCAGUGAGGGCUCACCCCCCUUUUAAUAGUUUUAUGAGGCAGGAUUUUAUGUGUGGUUUUGCUUGUUUUUCCCCCUUGGCUGGUGUGUGUGUGUGUGUGUGUGUGUGUGUGUGUGUGUGUGUUGCAUAUAGCAGCUGUGGAGGAGUGAUUUCAGUAACACCAUAACAAAGGAGGAAAAGUGUUAAAUUCCACAUCUCAACUUGCUUCAGUCCUGACAAUUACUAGCCUCCACUUGCCUCCCUGCUAGAAACAUGCUUGUUAAAUGCAGAUCUGUAUUUAACGUCAUGUCUAGUUUGACUUUGGGUUCUGUGCCAUUGAAUUCUGUUUUAAAGAAAGUUUUAAAGAAAGAUGGUCAUUGGAUUCAUUGUCAGCCAAUCCCACAUUACCUUAAUUAGUCCCCAGUGAAAGCCGCUAUCUAUCUAUCUAUCUAUCUAUCUAUCUAUCUAUCUAUCUAUCAUCUAUCUAUCUAUCUAUCUAUCUAUCUAUAUCUAUCUAUCAUGUUUUGGAGCUGCCCAGUAAUCCUAUCCUUUUAGCUGUAAAUUGCUGGAACAAUCCAUAUUAUUCUGGAUACGUCUUGGCAAGUUUUCUCUUAUAAUAUUGUUCUAGGCUUGGUUUGAAAAACAAAACAAAAAAGUGGAAUCUCCCUCAAUCCCAGAAAUUCUGAUUGUGGAGAGCAGCUCUCCUUGCCAAGCCAAUUAUUCUCCUAUAGAGGAUCCCCAGGUGCUGAAUUCUAUCUUAGGCAAAUGGUUCUACUCAGACGUCUAGGAAUCCCAGACAAAGUUGAGCAUGUUUGGGGUUGGCUUCUUGGAACGGAGUUUAUAAAGGACUGCAUGUAUAGAGAGACACACUUAAAUGAGUAUAUCUUUACAACAAAUAUCACUGUUAUGUACCAUCAUAAUUGAAGUGUAUGUGUGUGAAGUUAUAAGCAUUGUGAAGAAGAAGAAGAGUUUGGAUUUGAUAUCCCACCUUUCACUCCCUUUAAGGAGUCUCAAAGCGGCUAACAUUCUCCUUUCCCUUUCUCCCCCACAACAAACACUCUGUGAGGUGAGUGGGGCUGAGAGACUUCAAAGUGUGACUAGCCCAAGGUCACCCAGCAGCUACAUGUGGAGGAGCGGGGAAGCGAAUCCGGUUCACCAGAUUACGAGUCUACCACUCUUAACCACUACACCAUACUGUGGCAGAUAUUUGUUUUCCUAAAUAGAGGUUACUGACACCAUGUAAAAAAAAAACCAGUAUUUUUUUUACCGCAUUGUGAUAAAAGUAUAUAUAUUUUAGGAUAUUAAUAAUUUGUUUUUGUUAGCUUACCUAGAAGCCAGCAUAUCUGGAAUUAACAAAAAUAAUCACAUUGGGCGGAAUUUGGCAUUAUGCUUUUAUGAUUGUUCAGCUUGCCAGAUGGAAUGAUUUCCCAUCUCCCCUUCCCCUGUUCUCUCAAUGGGGGUUCUCUCAAUCUUACCAGGGUUUCUUUAGGGGGUCAUGGUGGAGGUGCAUGGCAGGGAAAGCCCUGUUGCGCUAGGGGGACUUGUUGCAUUCAGUCACACUAGCACAGCUGUUUAGUUGAGUCCAGGCCCAUUGGGUUGUAGCCAAUGAAGUAGCUCCGUUGGCAUAAUGUUUUCCAUUUGUGUAACAGAACUUCCCCUCUGUCUCCUCAGUUUAUAAGCCCCUUGUUCCUUCCCAAAUCUGUUCUGGAGGGUUGGGGAGAACCCAAAACAAACUUAGGGGCAUGUGGGGAGAAGAAAGACGAGUUCCAUGGCUUAGCCAGAAGUCAUGUGCUAAGGGUACUACUUUGCUGGAUACUGUUUGUUGUUUCACUUACAAGUCUUUCUGAAAGGAAUGUUGCAAAAAAUAAGCAGGCUACUGGUUGACCCCUUGUGCCUUGAAGUUUGAAAUUUGGAAGUAGCAAACCAUAUAAUCUGUGGAUUUCUCCAAUUUUCAGCCAAAUUAUUCCCCCCCACCACCAAAAAAUAUAUAUGAAUCCCAGUUCUCUCAUGCGUUCUCUUGGCUGAGGUUAGACUGGGAUACAAGAGGGUGGUACAAGUUUGAGAAGAGUUACAAAUUCCCAUUUAAAAAUUUUCCACAACAGUCUUGGAGGAUUCCUGCUACCUGUAGCCUGCAAUUAAAAACAACAAACAAAAAUCCCAUCAUGCUUAGGAUGCAGCCAGACUACCUGGACAAAUUUGGCUUUGUGAUUGCAUCAGACUUUUAUGUGUAGCAUUUUAUGAAACCUGGUAGAGUUCCAUGUGAGGUUGCUAAGCCCAUGUGAAAAUUCUGGCUUAGUUGCCAUUUGGAUCAUAUUGUAUCACUUUUCAAACAACACAACUAACAGUUUUAGUGUUGGUUUUUCUGUCAUCUGUGCAAUAAAAGUCACAAUUGGAGAGGAAACUGCCUGUCUUCAGCAUAGUGCUGGAGAAAGCCUAGAUUUUGCUGCAGAGCAUUUUCAGGAAAUUGUUGACAAGAGGAAUGCAGAGUCCCCCCUCCUUCUGAACGCUCAUCAUAGCAACAUAGCCCAGUCCAUUUGGAGCUGCAUCAACAGCUUCCUGUAAACAAUCAAGUGCUUUAUAUGGUGUUUUUGCCAUUAAAUCGCUUUAUAUUCUGCGCAUCAUCACCAGCGCUUUUUAUGUUUAUGGGGAAAGGGGUUGUGAGAGGAGAUGCACUGGGCAUUAACAGUAUGUAACAUGAUCACGGCUUGGGCUAGCUCAGCUUUCCUCUUUGAAAGGAGAGAUAGGGGAUGAAGAAGACAUGAUUGUCACUGUGCCCACAUACACAAUCAUAGAAUUGGGAAGGGUCUUGUAGGCCAUCUGGUCAAACACAUUGUUUGAUGCAGCAAAUCCCGAGCUAAAUAAUUUCCUACAGAUUAUUGCUUUGGUCCCUGCCUGAAGAUUUUAGGAGGGAGGGAGCCUCCUACUUCCCCAGGUAAUUGGUUAUAUAUUACGUAGAUCCUUGUGUGAAGGCUAAGUGGUUGUGGACAUCAGAAGCGGAUUUAGGGGAGCGUGACUGCUGUGUUAGAAACUCAGAUAUUUAAACUAGGCUCCUUAAACCAUUGCUGCAGUCGCCAAAACAGAAUGUCUAGUUGCCAUUUUUGCCUAUUCCAACCUCUUUUUCUUAAUGGUGACUGCUCCUGCUCAGGCUGCACAGAAAAAGCAAUUUGGCUCCAGAAAUUCAUUCUGAUCGUGCAGAAAAAUUAAAAUUAUACAGGAUGGGGUAUUAGUGUGUGAAAAAGUCCAGAUACAAUGAUCCCCAGAUGGCAGAGAUGGCAGGUGGCAUCCUGGCACCCAGGCAUCUUCACUUGGUCACAAGUGGUCAAAAGCACCUGGCUAAUUUUGAACACUGCAUGACUGGUUUGGUUGCACUGGGCUUGGAACCUCAGGGGCACUUCAGCUAUGAUUUAGAACGCAGCACGAGAGGCAGGGGUGCCAAAUUUUCACAUUGCACAGGGCACCACUGAAUUUUAAGAUCCCUCGCCCCACCACUGCUGAUAUUUGCCUUUCCCCCCCAGUCAGAGCAUGUGUGGAAAGAUCACAGAAUGGUCAUUUGGCAUACCUGGGGAAAAACCAAGCACUUUCCAGAGGCACCUAUUCCAUACUUCCUUCUCUCUCAUUAGUGUUUCAUUGUCCAGUAUUCCCAAUAGUAUUCCAGUACUAUAAAGAAGUGACACAGAAAACUGCUCCUUAGGAAAAUAUUUCAAAUGGGCUGGGUUAUAUUUAUAUAGCUAUUCUUCAGCGUGCCCUUUAUGCAACAGGGGGAAGGUUUUCUAGUGAAGUAGCCUUUGCUAUGCAGUACCUUGAGUUUGUAUGCGUCUAUCGAUUUGCCAAGUCAACGCCAAAGCUUUAGAUAAUAUUUCUGGGCAUUAACUAUGUUAAUAGAUUCCAUACAGACACUAAGUAAAUAACAAAUGAAAGCGCACUUUAUGUAAGCUGCCAGAAAAGUAAUAGUUUUUAUCAAUUUACUUCCAAAAUCAGAUAAAACCCAGCAAAAGCAGAGAACACCCUGAAGUAAAUGUAAUCUCCAGUCUUUGGAACCUUUGUAGCUAUUGAUUGAAGGACUUCUGGCUUUAACGGAUGGAAAUGAGACCUCCCUAGUCACCACUUCAGCUGCUGAGGUGUAAAGAAAUGUUUAUUGGAAUCACUCUGAAGCUUAAGAAACUGACUGCACACAAGCCCUUCCGACAGAUGGGUCUGCUGGGGAGAGAGGGUUCAGCAGAAGGCAUUAGAUAGUGCUGUCAAAGUACUUGUCCAUUCUAGGUUGUAUGUGUGACUUCAAGCUAUGCUUUGGUUUUCCACACAGGCAUGCUCAAAUAUAUUUUCAGGUUUCCAUUACUGUGAACUAAAAAAGGCACACGAAAUUUCAUGGAAAGGAAAGGCAACAUUGGGGAGAAGGGAGUGCCCCAAAGCCACUCACCUCAUCCUUUAAUACCCUAUUAUUACUCCCCCCCACCACACCACUCAAUCCCGCCCUCCGGCAAAGCACAUUUAUUCAAAUAGUUUGGAAGCCACAAAGCAGGCAUAUGAGAUCUUUAUUUACAAUUGACCUGUUGAGCGUGCAAGAUGUUGGACAUAUGGACUCUUUGAUAUUGGCAUUAUUCAAGUAAAGCUAGCUGGCAAAAAUGUGAUUGAAACUUUGGUAAACGAAGUAACGUAACUUAGUGGCAUAAGGGUAUGAGUUAAAAGGUGCCAUUUCAUUAUUUUACAUUAAAAAUGUAUCCUCCCCAUCCUUUUCUCAGAAAGAGCCCCAAAUGGUAAGGAUCUACACAGAAAAUGGGAAGGCAAAGAAGAUCUGAAGACACGGGGAGGGGGCUCUUUAUCCACGUUCUGGCUUUGGUAGAGAUCCAAAAUUCCAGGCACGUUUUUCUGAAGUUUGGAUACCUUUUGAUUGAGUUAUUUUGAUGAAGUUGGUUUCAUUUGUUGCAUGAAGAAUGAGAACUGACCAGAGCUUGGAGGCUUCAGCUGGAGUUGGCUGUGCUUUUAAGAAUUUAUUUGAACUCAUGCAAAAGCAAGCUCAUAGGGUAGGGACAAGCUCUGGAUAAUGCUUCUGUUAGCCCAAGAACCAUGAGGUUUAAUGCAGCUGUGCAUUCCAGGCCUAGGGUUAGAGCUGUGCAAAUUAUUCACAGUAAAAUGCUGCUGUAACAUUUGUAUUGUAUUUUCAACAGGGAAAACUUGCCAGCAACAUUUUUUGUACAUUUCUCAAAACUCCCCUGCUUAGUUUUUUCUUUUAUUGAAAACCAGCUUAUUUAAAAAAAAUUGGCCAUCUGAGAAUUCAUAGAGGCACUGGGAAAUGAUUACACUUUAAUGCAAAAAUAGUAACUUUAGCAGGUUAUGAAAUUUGAUUAUUUAAUGUCUUCAUGAAGCAGCAAAUUUCUUGAUGGAGACUUGUAGCCUCUCUGUGUUUUGUUCUACUUAAUAUCUCCCUGUGGAGUCAUCUCAAGUGUUCUCAAUAUGAUUUUUUUCUUUUAAUUUAAUUAAAAAAUGGAUGUAAAAUGGGAUGGUUUUAACCUCCCCCUCCCCGCCCUCCUGGAAAUGUAAUGAAUACAUUUCUUCCAGAAUGGAACCUGCAAGAUGUAGAAACGUUGUUAGCUUUAAACCAGUGAAUCUCAAACCUUUUAUGAAGGUGCAUCAAUGAGAUCUGAACCUCAUUUCUUCUUGGUAUCAAUGUGCAUGAGCAUUAUUUCUUUAUAUGGAAUUGCCGACCCUCGUUGCCCCAUUGCCUCAUGCUACAGGCAGACUGAUUCAAUGUGCACAAGGCAUAUUUUAAAAUUGCAUGCUCAGACUUUUGCAUGGGUUGGUUUAGCUUAACAUUUCCUACAUAGCUCAGUUGGUUAGUUGAUGCUGAUAAUGCCAAGGUUGUAGGUUCGAUCCCGCAUUGCAGGGGGUUGGAAUAAAUGAUCCUUUGGGUCCCUUUCAACUCUACAAUUUUAUGAUUCUAUGAUUCUACAUGGUAGUUGUGCUAUCAGCUUGAGAGAUCUAGACUGUGCCUGUUAAUUUCCAAGCAGAAUUCCAAGCACAUGUUGGGCCUUAAUACUGCUUCUGGGAAUACCUUGUAUAUCUGGCUUUGGGGCUUGUGUAUCGAUACCCAAUGAAACACAAUUUCCAGGCCUGCCAAAGUACCUCUUAGCCACUAUAUGGAGAAGUUGCAAAAAGGGGAAUUGUGCAAAGAAAUUGUCCCCCGUUAGACAAUAAACCAUUCUGCAUGGUCUUCAUGGCAUAGUCUUGGCUUGAACUUGAAAUGCUGUGAGCAUUCACAAAAGUGAGCACCUUGUUGAGUGCUUGCAAACAGGAUUGAGGUUCGCCUUAGUCUUGUGAGUGCUGGCACUUUCCCUUCACUUCGCAGUAUGUGUGUGUGUGUGUGUGUGUGUGUGUGUGUGUGUUUGCAAGGGCAGACAUUCUGCAGGCUAUGGAAGAGAAUCUUUUCCCAUUAGACCUUCACCUUAGCAGAAAUGGCAUGCAUGGCAUCAGUUACCUGCCAGGGAUCCUGGGACUGGUGGUUCCUGUCCCACCCCUUUGGGGAAAAGUUGCUGUGUUCCAUGCCCUGGUCAAAGGUAAGUAAGUUACUUGGUGGUAUGGUGCUCCCGCUUCCCUGGCUCCUGAGUUGUGUGGAGAGGGGAGUUCCCAGCCAAACACAAUGCCCCCUUCUUUUCGCCCACCCUUCCCUUUAGAUCUUUGCUGCCACCAGUUGAAAGAUUUUAUUUUUCUACAGGGUUGUCUUUCACCAACCAGUCUAAAACUCUCCCGUGUCUCCUUGAGAACACUUUGAAGUAGUGUAGAACUUGGCUUAGACAUGGUCUCUGUGUGUUUUUUAAUAAAAAUAACAGAGACCACAAGGUUUUCCGUAACAAGACUGGAAGUUUACUAAAUGGGGGGGUGUGUAGUUUAUAAGAAAAAAGGUUCUAAUUUAAGAAUGUUUACAAGCAACAAAACAUUCCCGGUGUGGGUAAUAAACUAUAGCAAAUAAAUGUAGGUUAAAACACUUUCAUCUCUCCCCACACUAGACAAUCCCUAGGGUAGACUUGUGUUUUCUUUGUCUCCUGAGCUCAUACCUUGAUCUGUUCAUCCUUUCAUCCGGUUCCCUGAUCUGGCUACAUGAGUGCUAAUCAGCAAAUUGAAGGAAGUAUGAGGGUCUUAAUUCCCAACUACAGUACCAUCCUCAGUUAUUCUACCACCUUCUAAUCAGUGGCAAAAAUCUACAAAUUAACCCAUUAACUCCCCAAACACACCUACAUGCAAGAUUUAUAGUUUUAUAAUAACACAACAGUCCAUUUCUGCCACAUUUGGUCUUAGUGGGGUGGGGUGGAGGGAGUACCAGAGGACACUUAAUUGGAGUUAUAUCUAUCUGGAGCUCAGGUGGAAGUUCACAACAAGACAGGCUGGAAUUGCAUAACCUCAUAGAGUCUCAGCUAAGCAAGUGAAAUUCAUAAAAGGUCCAAAUGAGACAUUUUAUGCUACUCAGUCAGCUCAGAUUACCACUCCUGAGGCCCAACUCUUUCCUGGAGUGUGUUGAGCUUAAAGGGCACUCUCCUGACUUGGAGCCUGUUGCUCUGCCUCCUUCCUUCAUGACUCACUACCAACACUGAUAGAGAGUGUGACCCCACCCCCCUUGGACAUCUCAGAUGAAUGGGUUGUGAUCUUUGGAGAUCCCUGUUCAGACUCUGGCUUAGGCACAGUGUCCGGGCAUGUGGCUGGAUCUAGGCCAGGGCUGAGAAAUCUGGGGCCCUCUAGAUGCUGUUGGACAGCAGCUCCCAUUGUCCCUUACCGUUGGCCAUGCAGGCUGGGACUGAUGGGAGUUGAACAACAACUGGAAGGCCACAGAUUCCUCAUCUCUGGUCUGGCCUUUCUGUGGCCUUUGCUGCUGCGGCUGCUGCUUCUGAUGUGGCCCCUGCUUAUCUCGGUCGGAGUCACAGUUGCUGCUCAGGGUGGAAUGGGGUCACCAUAGGCUGGCCAAAGGCUCAAGGCUUUACAAGGAUUUAGUUUAAGUGCUACCAAAAGCUCAGUGAUGUAAUUUGUCCAUGGUGGUUGCUAAAGGGUACUGGUGCAGCUGCAUGAAUUGAUUAACUUGGUAAUGAACAUCUGUGCUGGGUGGUGUAGCCAGAUUCUUCUAUCCAUCCAGACAGGUCACUUUGUUCUGUUGCAUGAACUGCAACCAUCCUUCCUGUGGUUGCUACUGCUGUGAGUGUGGGCUAUGCCUGCAUGUGCUGAUUGCCACAGGAUGCCCGCUUUGUGCCCCUGCUGAUGUCAGUUCUGCAUCUAGGGCUGGUGGUUUGUGUCUUUGCAGUGGAUCUCUGUUCUUUGUCUUGCUUGUGAGUGUUGUGCUAAGCAUCUCCCUUGCCCAAACACAAAGGGAUCAUAGCAAUCAAUGAGAGGGAUGCACAGGAUAUGAUUGCUGGGACUGAAAUGAUUGUUCAGUUCAUUAAUUGAGGUUUGAACUAUUUCCCUUUUCCCUUGUGUGAAUCAGGCAGAUCAUUUCUGAUGUUUAGUGUAGAUAGAUAAAUGAUCUAGGAAAACCCCUUGAUGAUUUCUGAAACAGAAAGCAAGUGGUUCUUUGGUUAAAAAAACUUGUUAACUACUCUCAAAAUAUAAUUUGUACUGCAGAAGAUAAAUCAACUAAAACCAAUUUGUUUGACAGCUUUAGCAAUUUUCAGUCAUGUUCUUUUCCCCUUUGAUCUCUAAUUCUUUCCAGACGGAGUGUGUCUAAAAUGAUUCCAUUCCUUCUUCAAGUAUCCAAAUCUAAUUUUUAUUUCUCUUGUGUGGAGAGGAGUCAUUUAUUUAUUUACUAGAUUUAUAGGCCAUAUUUUAGAUAUGAAUUCCUAAGGCAGUUUCACAGACCUACAUGAUGGUACUGAAAAUGGUUGGGCUUCAGGCUACAUAAGUAAUAUUUCCAUGUCCAGUUGCACAGAUGGCGCGUCCUUUGGGAACACUGCUGCUGCUGGAGAAAGUGCUCAUGCAACUGUGUGAUCUAUGUGAUUGGCAUGUGUCCUUGCUAUUGAUGUGUCAUGGAGGGCGAGUAACAGGAACCAAUUUUGGGUGUAGAUGCCACACUGCAUUUGCCACGUACUCUAUGAAUUAGACCUUAUUUACAGAUUGCAGAUGCACAUAUGAUUUCAUAAUUAUAAUUAUUAUAAUUUAUGCCGCCCAUCUAACUGGGUUGCCCCAGCCACUCUGGGCGGCUUCCCACAACUAAAGCAUUAAGCACAGCAAAACAUCAAACAUUAUAAACUUCCCAAUACAGGACUGCCUUGUGAUGUCUUUGGAAAGUUGUGUAGAUAACCUGUUUGACACCUGAUGGAAGGGCGUUCCACAGGAUGGGUGCCACUACCGAGAAAGCCCUCUGCCUGGCUCCCCGUAACGAAACAGCCAGAAGGCCCUCUGAACUGGACCUCAGUGUCUGAGCUGAACAACAGGGAUGGAAACACUCCUUCAGGUAUACAGGGCUGAAGCUGUUUAGGGCUUUAAACAUAUAGGUCCACUGACCACAUGGUUGACUGGAUGGUUGCAGGACCAGUGCAGGAUGCUUCUUCAGUCCAAACUGGUCCUCAGCCUACACAAUGAAUAAGAACAUUGCAAGGUCACUGCAGGCCACAUGUAGCUGUCAUACCUGAAUUUCGACUUUUGGCCUGGAGCUGUCCCAGCAAGAGAGGUACAUGUCUUUUCCAGGCAUAUUUGUCCAGCAUUUUAUUUUGUGUUGCUGCAGUGAACCAGGAGCAUGGGCAUUGCUUAGUCACACAGUGAGAAACACGAGACACAUCAUCCUCUGAGCUCCUUGCAGGAAGAGUGGGAUACAAAUGUAACAAAUAAUAAAAGUUGUGUUUGAAGUAGAUUUGUGGGUUUUUACUUAUGGUGCUUGUAUCCCCGCUGCAAACGGACCAUGGUUGGUAGUUAAUGCUGUGUUAUUUGCCGUCCUUCAGAGAAGGAAGAUGACAUGAGGUGUGUGGUUGCUGUAAACAUCUGGAUUCAGUUUAAUUUGAGGAAUAUUGCAGAUCUGAGAGGAUUUGGGUCAAACCUGUCAGUGGAACUUUUCAUUAAGCAGGCUGUUUAUUUUACAUUUACUAUGGGAAGCCUAAGGGUUGCAGCAAUAAUCUGGUUCCCAUGUGCUAUCCACUGUAAACAAGAAAAGUAUGUACAGUAUCUCAGAGAAAGUCCCUGCCCCCAUCAGCUUGUACUUUAAGAAAUAGAGACAGCACAGAGGGCAAUAAGAUAUUUGUAAGCAUAAUAAUCUUCAAGAUAUUGUGACUUUCUGAGAACAGCAAGGGGUUGUAUCUUUUGGUUUAGUUAGUUGUUAUUUGCAGAAGGUCUAGAAAGAUAAAUGCAGGUGUCCUUGGAAGACCUUGUGCUCUAUCGCCAGCUUGGGGAACUAUAUGAAGGAGAGCUAGGUUUGAGAGAAGAAAAUUACAUAUUGUACAAGUCUUUGCGUUAGGACCAUAAUCAACUUAUCUUUGAUAUGUUUUUGGGCAGGCUUGUACAUCUUAUAAAUUAUGAUAUACUGUAUCCUAUCAUGACAUUGCACAGUCUGUGAGUUCUGCCAUGGUUUCCAAUGCUCAUUUUAAACCUUUUGCUUUAGGAUUGAGCUCUGUCAUUUGUUAUUACAGUUGUGACACUCUUUAAAAAAAUGCUAUCAUAAUUAUCCCAGUCCCAAUUUAAUGAGAGAAAGUGGCAAAGUAAGGACAAUGGUUUCAUUCUUCUAACGUACUUUUCUGUGGUUUUAGUUUCUUGUCUAAACAUGACUCAAAUCUGAAUCUUACCUGAGCUGCUGUUUGACUUUUUGCAACAUUGUAAAGAGUAGUUAUGUUUAGGUAACACGUUCAAAACUUUUUUCGACAGUCUUUUCCAUGCACUAGAAACAUUUCUUAUUAAGCUGUGUUGGAAAAAGUCUCUGGUUCAAUGGGUUUGCUUUGGAUUUUAUUUCCCCUUACCCAGGUUUCCAGGUUUAUAGAGAGCAGGAAUGA